UGAAGCACCACUUUAGCUAAUGGGGCCUCCUGGUGCCGACGCGCCUCCGGAGCACGAUUUCUGUUCUCAUCCUGAAGCAAAGUUCUUAACCCGAGGUAUUAUUUCUGGGUUAGCGGAGUCUGUAACCUGAAGCGUAUGUAACCCGAGGUACCACUGUACUGUUUUUUAAAGGACAGGGUUUCCGGUGCCUCGCCAUGAAAGCAGGGCGAGCGUGAACCAAGCAGCUGCGAUUGCAGAUGCUGAAAAGUGCCUGCUGAAUUUCUGUAUGGCAUAUGUAGUCAGUGUUUGUUACAUGUAUACAGUAUACAGUAUCCCGCUAUUCCUCCAAGGAGCUCAAGAUGGCUUCCAAGGUUCUACCCAUUUUAUCCUCGCAAGAGCCCUGUGAGGUGGGUUACGUUGAGAGACAGUCUUCUUUGCCAACCACUCGUAGCAGAGUAAGAUUGUAUUCCAUGAACCUGGUCUUAAAAGUGAGUCCGAGUUCUAGAUCCACACAUCCUUCCACAGUGGGGACAUAAGUUUCCGGGCAGGAGUUGAUCAUGGUGAGGGUUUGCCAAGCAUGCCUUGCUCUUAGGAUGUUUCGUCCUGAGUUCGAGUGUCUUUAAAGCCCAUGACACCUUUGGAAAAGGCUGUUCUCCAAUUGGAGCGCUCACAGACCAGUGUUUCCCAGUUGUUGGUGUUUAUACUACAUUUUAAAAUAUUUGCCUUGAAAGAGUCUUUAAACCUUUUUUUAAAAAAAAAUUAUUGGAAUUUUAUUUACAACAUAAAAUAAACCCCCCACCCCCAAUACACAAAUCCACCCUCAUUAAAUGUGAACAGUGAGCAUAACAUACAACAAUACAAACAACCAAACCUCUUUUGUUGACCACCUGCAUUACGUUUUCCAUUUUUAAGAUUGGAAUAGAGUAGUUGCUUUGGAAGACGAUGAUCAGGCAUCCACACAGCAUGACCAGCCCAACAAAGCUGAUGUUGCAGAGUCAUUGCUUUGACACUGGUGAUCUUUGCUUCUUCCAGUACACUGGCAUUAGUUCGCCUGUCUUCCCAAGUGAUGUGCAAAAAUGUUCGGAGACACCAUUGAUGGAAUCUUUCCAGGAGUUGGAAAUGGCGUUUAUAAGUGGUCCACGUUUCAAAAGCAUACAGUAAGGUUGGUAGUACUAUAGCUUUGUAAACAAGCAUUUUGGUUUGCCUGUGAAUGUCCUCAAACACUCUGCAUUUCAGUCGAGAGAAAGCUGCACUCACAGAGCUAAGGCGAUGCUGGAUUUCGGCAUCAGUGUCAGCCCUUGUGGAAAGGAUAACUGCCCAAGUAGGAGAAGUGAUCGACACUUUCCAACGCUACACCACUGAGUUGGAUUUGUGGCGCUGCAGAGGGGUUAUUUUGUGCUUGUUGGUGCAGCACUUUUGUUUUUUGGAUGUUGAGUGAUAGGCCAAGCUUUUUGUAAGCUUCUGCGAAUAUGUUUAGGAUGGUUUGGAGGUCAUCCUCUGAGUGUGCACACACUACAUUGUCGUCAGCAUACUGAAGCUCUAUGAUGGAAGUUACAGUAACCUUACUCUUUGCUUUCAGUCUACUCAAAUUAAAGAGCUUUCCAUCAGUUUGAUAUAUGAUUUCUACUCCGGUGGCUACUCCCUUCAACCAAGUGUAGGAUCAUAGCAAUGAAAAUAAUAAAUAGAGUUGGGGCGAUAACACAACUCUGUUUAACACCUGAUCCCACUGUGAAUGAUUCACUUUGAGAGGUAUUGUUACUUGCGAUUGUUGCUAUCAUAUUAUCAUGGAGGAGCCGAAGGAUGUUCACAAAUUUAUAUGGGCAGCCAAUUUUCAGAAGGACAGCCCACAGGGCAUUACGAUUUACAGUGUUGAAGGCCUUAGUCAGGUCAAUAAACGCCAUAUACAGGGAUUGAUUUUGCUCUCUGCAUUUUUCCUUAAGCUGUCGAGUGGUGAAAAUCAUGUUCACUGUCCCUGAAGGUCGAGAACCAUUUUGGGAUUUAGGAAAGGUAGCCUCGGAUAUUGUUAGGAGAGUGUUUGCUAAGAUCCUUGCAAAAAUUUUGCUGGCUGCAAAUUAUCGAGAUGCCUUGAUAAGUUCCGCAAUCUGUUCUAUCACCUUUUUAAAAGAGAUUGAUGAUUUUUGCAUCCCUAAAGUCUGCUGGGAUCUCCCCUCUUUUCCAUUUGCCUGUCGCCAUGGGACUUUUUUGGGUUUGGAAUGGGUUUUUGGAAGAUGCCUGUGCUUGAAUUUGUUUUAUGUGUGUAGAUCAAUGAUGGUCUUCACUGGAUCUGAAGAGAGCGUUUGGACAGUUUGUUGUUGUUGUUUAGUCGUUUAGUCGUGUCCGACUCUUCGUGACCCCAUGGACCAGAGCACGCCAGGCACUCCUGUCUGGACAGUUACUGCUUCAUAUAAACACAAGAGGGAGGGUCCUUUCAGGUUAUUCCUGCUCUUCUACAAGCACAUAACACAGGGUUUUCCCCGCAAAGAUUAUUGAUCCAUACCAUCCUGCUUUUUCUAUGCUUCACCAGCAGGGCCACAUAUUCUUACUGGUUAUUUACUCCCAGUCUAUGUGAGGACAAUGGCACAUAUCUUUAAGGAUUACACAUCUUGAACAUGAAAUUUUUUUCAUUAUCCUUACAAAAGGUUUGGAAUCGAUGCACUGCAUCAAAAUAUGUCUUAAGGACAGUGUUGCUUUUGAAUAGAUGCUUUUAGAUACUGAAGUUCCUUGCAACCAUUUUGCUUCACGUUUUUUUACAAAUCAUCUUUGGUAUGUGUUUGGUCAAAGCAUGACAAAUGAAGAUCUGAACAGGUACCCUAUGCUUAUACUGUUUCAGCCUGGUCCUCGUUGGAAUUAUUUCUACUGAUUUUAAAAUGUCAACAUCUUUUGAUGUUAGAGUACAUCAGGCCACCUCAAGCAGUUUUAAGAUGUGAUUCUAAAAUGCUUAAUUGGAAGUAAGUUCUACUAAGAGCCUUGCUGGAUCAGUCAAAAGAUCCACUUAGUUCACUUCCCAGGUGGCCUGGCAGAUUCCUCUGGAAAACUCAUCAGCAAACCUUGAAGUUUAUAUCACUUUUCUGCUGUAACUCCCCAGCAACUGAUCUAAAGUGGCAGACUGUUUCUGAUGCUGGCAGUUCCGUUCAGCUAUCAUGACUAGGACCAUAGGAAGCUGUCUUAUACUGAAUCAAGCAAUUGGUCCAUCUAGCUCAGUAUUGUCUAUACUGACUGGCAGCAGCUCUCCAUAGUUUCAGGCCGGAGACAUUAAGUGUCCUUCCUACCUGGAAAUGCCGGGGACCGAACCUGGGACAUUCUGAAUGUAUAGCAGAUGGCUCUACCACUGAGCGAUGGCCCUUGCCAUAGACUUGUUGUCCGUUAAUUUACUAAUCCCUUUUUAAUGCCACCUAAAUUAGUGGCUAAGGGACGCGGGUGGCGCUGUGGGUUAAACCACAGAGCCUAGGGCUUGCCGAUCAGAAGGCCGGCAGUUCAAAUCCCUGCGACGGGGUGAGCUCCCGUUGUUCGGUCCCAGCUCUUGCCAACCUAGCAGUUCGAAAGCACAUCAAAGUGCAAGUAGAUAAAUAGGUACCGCUCCGGCGGGAAGGUAAACGGCGUUUCCGUGCGCUGCUCUGGUUCGCCAGAAGCGGCUUAGUCAUGCUGGCCACAUGACCCGGAAGCUGUAUGCCAGCUCCCUCAGCCAAUAAAGCGAGAUGAGCACCGCAACCCGAGAGUCGGUCACGACUGGACUUAAUGGUCAGGGGUCCCUUUACCUUUACCUAAAUUAGUGGCUAUCAUAAAUGUUGAGAUAUCAUUAGUAGUCUAAAAUUAACAUAUCAGAUUUAGAGACGGCAGAUUAGAAACAGUUGAUAAUUUUCCGCUGUAUAUGGACUACAAACAUAGAACAAGCUAUGAUUUUAGAUUUCUUUCUUUAUUAAAUUUAUACCCUGCCCACCCUCUAAAGGAUUCCAGAGCAACAAACACAUCAAUAAUAAAACAAUACAAUUAAAACUUCUAAGUUUUAAAACUUCUUUAAAAAAUGAAAGUAUGACCACGCAGACACGAAUACAAAUUAUGAAGCAAUAUAUAUACGUAUCUAGAAAUUAUCUCGGUAAACUAUACCAUACAAAUUCACUGCGAUUUUAAAUAUUUUAAGUAUGAAUACAUUUGUUGAAAGCUAUUGCCACAUCUUGUGACAGUGAAUUCCACACAUCAUGUGAAAUAUACUCAGAGUCGAGAGUGGAUUUCAUGCUCUUUAUUCAGCUCAUAGUGGUGAGGAGGGAAUGAAAGUUUCCCCAAAGUAUCUGCUUUAUAUACUUUAUUUACACAAUGGGCUACACGUGAUUGGCUAAUUCUGGAAUUCUCCUGUAGGCCAAUCAGGUUGUGGAUUCCCCUCUGGAACUGGAUUGGGUGGUUCCUGCAGACCAAUCAUACUGCUGCAUUGUUCUAGGACCAAUCAGACUGCUGCAUUCUGGACCCUAUUGUUCUAGGACCAAUCAGACUGCUGCAUUUUGGAUCCUAUUGUUCUAGGACCAAUCAGACUGCCUCAUUUUGGAUCCUAUUCUACUCAGUACAUAACAUCAUCCGUUGAGACAGUGACAUUUACUUAAAAGUAAGCUUAUAGGUACAGGAUUGGACUGCUGAUUGCCUCCCCGCCAUCCCCCGUGUGAAUAAACCCUAUUUCAAGUUAAAGGAAGUCCUUAUUUCCAUAAGUGGCGCACGUGGGUGCUUAUAGACUAGUCUUCCCGAUGGGGGAGGCGCCGGAGAUCCAGCAACUAGAUUCCUCCUCCUCCCCCGCCCGGUUGAGCUAGGAUAAUGUACUAAAUCUGGCUGCAAGAGGAUCAUAACUUGCUGAGUUGCUAUUUGCUCAGGCGAGUUGUUUGCACAAGCGCUGCCUAUACGGUGGACCUGGGCGGGGAAUACAAAGAGGAAAUGCAGCAGCGGCUGGACGUUUGCAGCUGAUUUCUCUCUCCCCUCCUCCGCCCCCGUAAUGCCGGAAGGAAGCAGCUUCCGUACUCCAGGAUCUGAGCCUCAGGGCUUUGCAAGCUAGCUAGAAGAGAGAAAACCUCCAGCCGCUUAACUUUGCUCUGGUGCGCGCCAACUCGCAAGGAGCAAACCAUGGCCGCGGAUCUCCCUCCCACCCUCUCGAUCCAGCUGAUAGAGGAGCCCAGGUGCGUGAUUGUCUUUCCUACAGCCGAUCUCCAGAUCCUCCAUCGUUUUUUUUGUUUACCCUGUCCAACAAUAAGCAUACCAUACAGCUUCUAUACAGCAAGGAACAUAACGAUGGAACUUAAAAAAAAUACAAAACCCAGAUGUUUAUGCUUUAGACACAAAGGAUGUGUAAGAAAUUGUGUUCCCAAACGCCCAUCCUGUUGAAUGCCUCACCUCCAACCUCCAGCACUGUUGAAGAUUAUGUUCCAGAUCGAUGUUUUCAGACCUGGGACUCACGUUUAACAUGAACCUGGGGGAUUAAUUCUUUCUUGUCAUUCUCAUUCAUACACACCCCCACACACUUCUUUAAUAUACUAUACAGUGCUGUGGAGUGCUUUUUUGCUGGGGGGGACGGACACAGGGGUACGCGUACCCCUAAACAUUUUGUGAAUCUAAUCUAAUCGAAGUUUGGCCUCAUUGAGGGGCAGUAUUUCAAUAUGAGUAGGAAAAUGAGAGUACCCCUAAACAUUUUUUUUAGAAAAAAAAAUCACUGGUGCUGUGUAUGUUUACUUGGAAAUAAGUCCCAUUUGUUUGAUGGUGUUUAUUCCAAGGUAAGUGUGCAUAGGUAAAAGGUAAAGGGACCCCUGACCAUUAGGUCCAGUCGUGGCCGACUCUGGGGUUGCUGCGCUCAUCUCGCUUUAUUGGCCGAGGGAGCCAGCUUCAGGGUCAUGUGGCCAGCAUGACCAAGCCACUUCUGGUGAACUAGAGCAGCGCACAGAAAUGCCGUUUACCUUCCCGCCGGGCGGUACCUAUUUGUCUACUUGCACUUUUGACGUGCUUUCGAACUGCUAGGUUGGCAGGAAGUGUGCAUAGGAUUGGAGCCCAUAACACUCCCCCCCCCUCAACCAAUACAGCAUGUCCCUGUAUUAUUUUUAUUUAUUGUGUUUGCAUGCUGCCUUUCUUCCAUGGAGCAAAAGGUGGCUUACCUGAGUCUUCCCCUUCCUGUUCCUCACAACAAGUACGUUGGACUGAAAAAAUAGCAAAAAGGUCAUUUCUCAGUGCAUGGACGUAGACAGGCAUUUGUUAGGGGGGAAGAACCUCAGAUUUGUAUUGAUUUUGAUUGAUUUAGGGAGUCAGCUGCUCCCCGUUCCCCCUUGGCUACACCCAUGGCUCAGUGGAAGAACACAUGCUGGCCUCGGCUUCAGUCCCUGACAUUUCUAUGUAGGGCUGGAGAACACUGCUGUCUGAAUUUCUUAAGAGCUACUGCCAGUCUGUGCAGACAGUGCUAAACUAGAUAGACCAGUGAUAUAAGGCAGGGGUAGACAAUCUGAACAUGGAAGCCUAAGAAGCUGCCAUAUCACACAUCAAACUAAUCAUCCAACUAGGUGACUAUUGUCUGUUCUGAUUGGUAAUGGUUCUUGACAGCCUCAGGAGGCUAUCUUUUCACCUCACUUCGUUACCUGAGAUGCCUUCUCCAUCGUACCAGUGGUUGAACCCUAAACCUUCAACAUGCAAGGUAUAUGCUCUCUACUAUAGCCUCCUGGGAUACAGGUGGCGCUGUGGGUUAAAACACAGAGCCUAGGACUUGCCGAUCAGAAGGUCAGCGGUUUGAAUCCCCGCUACGGGGUGAGCUCCCGUUGCUCGGUCCCUGCUCCUGCCAACCUAGCAGUUCAAAAGCACCCCAAAAAGUGCAAGUAGAUAAAUAGGUACCGCUCCGGCGGGAAGGUAAACGGCAUUUCCGUGUGCUGCUCUGGUUCACCAGAAGCGGUUUAGUCAUGCUGGGUACAUGACCCAGAAGCUGUACGCCAGCUCCCUCGGCCAAUAAAGAGAGAUGAGCGCCGCAACUCCAGAGUCAGUCACAACUGGACCUAAUGGUCAGGGGUCCCUUUACCUUUACCUAUAGCCUCCUACGAUGUGGUGCCUCCCAGGUGUUGUGGGAUAUAAUUCCCAAUGGCUCCAGCCAGGGAUGAUGAGAAAUUUUCUGAAACAUCUGGAGGGCACCAGGUUGGGGGGAGGCUGCUCCCCUCCCGAUAUAAACAUUCCCUCUUGAUAAUUAACAGAAAUGAAAACCCUGUUAUGCAUAAAUGGCUAAAACUUCAUCAGUAUACAGAAACUGCUGAACCUUCAUGUUAAGCUAGCCUUGGAUGUUAUACCUGUUGGAUGUUAUUCCUUGAAUUUAUGUUGGUUCUCUAAAAGUGCUACAUCUUUGUUAUUCAUUCAAUUGAUAUACUGCAUUGUAAUACAUACCUGUGCGGUACACAAGAUCGCAGUUAAAAUAAAAAAAAACACAACAAAUAAAACCGAAACAAAAUUAAUCUUCCUGAUUUUCCAGAUUGCUGAAGCUGAAGAAGAUGUUCAUCUCUAAAUUUCAAUCAACUCCCAAGUUUUAUGCUCGGGCACCAGGGCGAGUCAACUUAAUAGGUAAAAUAAUACAUACUGGGGUUAAUAUGAAUUCAGUGGCUAAUAUGCAUAAACACAUGUGUACAUACAUGGAAGCACAUGCAUAGAAGCACGCUUUCAGGUUCCACAUCUUAUUUCCUCUGCUUUUGCAAUUUCCACACAGUUACAUCAAAAGAUGGAACUCGCCAGAGGUGCAGGAUGCUCAGCAACUUUGUGCCUUCGUUUUUGAAACUAAUCCGUACAGGAUUACCUAUUUCCUCAACUAGCCCAGUGUUGUCUGCUCUUGACUUGCAGCAGCUGUCAAGCCCAUCAGAUUGGGACCUUUCCCAGCCCUCCUAAUCCAAGUCCUUUUGGAGCCAGAGGCAGAAUCUGGGACCUUCUGCACUGCAAAGCAUGUGCUAUGUCACUGGAUUACAGUUUCUUGCUGUAAUAUAUGAAAACAUGAAACUUCCUCAUAUUGACUACUUCAGUACUGGCCUCAGUUCUCAAAGAUUACAGGCCGAGGUCUUUCCCAGUCCUGCUACUUAUUAUGCAUUAUUAUAUCGGGCUGAGGAACCUGUGGCACUCCCAUUCCCAUCAUCUCUGACCAUUUUCCAUGCUCACUAGAGUCCAAUAAUAUCUUAAGGGCCACAAAGUCACCUGUCCCGCUUUAAAUGGAGAUAAACUAACAUAUUUUUCGCUCUAUAGGAUGCACUUUUUCCCCUCCAAAAAUUAAGGGGAAAUGUGUGUGCAUCCUAUGGAGCGAAUUCAGGCUCCUUGGCUUCAGCGAUAGCAAUGCAAAGCCUCCGAAGCGCAGAGGGAGCGCUCUCUCCACACUCCGGAGGCUUCGUGUUGCUUUCGCUGAAGCCUGGAGAGCGAGAGGGGUCGGUGCGCUGUGCUCCGAAGGCUUCAGGCGGCUAUCCCUGAAGCCUGGAGAGCGAGAGGGGUCGGUGCGCACCGACCCCUCUCGCUCUCCAGGCUUCAGGGAUAGCCGCCUGAAGCCUUCGGAGCACAGCGCGAGUUCCCGCUGCGCUCCACAGGCUUCAGGUUCCUUUCACUGAAGUCAGGAGAGCAAGACUCUCCUGGCUUCAGCAGAGAGGGAGAGCUGCGCAGCGCCCCUUCAGCCAAGCGGGAGGAGAAAUGGAAGGGGCUCCGUUUCUCCUGCUGCUUCGCUGAAGGGGCACUGACCAGAGAGGGGGAGAUUUUUUUCCCCUUGUUCUCCCCCUCUAAAACAAGGUGCGUCCUAUGGAGCGAAAAAUAUGGUAUGUGCUCUGCCACUGAGAUGCAUUGAGAAUGUUUCUUUUUUCAUCUGAUUUUGGCUUGUUCUCACUAAUUGUAGUUUAAACAACCACUGUUUCCUCAGUUAGGAUGUCAUGGUGAACUACUGUUUUUUGAACAUCAGAAACAUACAUUUCUGAUUUCUUUGUGUGCAUGAGGAGUGGGGAGGGGGAGUGUGUGAGGAGACAAUGUGUGCAGUUUAUUAGUGUCAUGAUAGGAAAUAAUUGUUUCCCAUUACAUCUGAACUGGACCAGUAUAUAAAUUAUAUACCCCAGUAUAUUUGAUAGAAUUUCUCUGGCUUGUGUAAAAACUAUCCUUCUUUUAAAAGGGAUUUUUCUGCUGUUGCUGAUGCGUCCCAGACCAUUUCAAAAUGUUGUUAAUAUUCUUUUUUGUUUGGUAGGUGAACAUAUAGAUUAUUGUGGAUAUGCUGUGCUCCCAAUGGCCAUAGAGCAAGAUAUACUUAUAGCUGCUGAACCUCUAAACACUCCAGCUAUCCAUCUGGCCAAUACAAACCCUUUGUACUCGUAAGUGUUCUCGUUAUUUCAAUUAUUGUUGCUGUUACGAUUAUACCUAAAGUUUCCUAGGCAUUGUACAAUGAUUAAAAAGCAAUAAAAGGUACUAUGAUGCAUAUAUGGUGGAAUUGUUUAAACAUCAAACAAUUUUGGGAAACGAUAUAUAAUGAAAUGAAAAAAAUGUUCAGAUAUUCAUUUAGGAAAACACCAGAAGGUUUUCUAUUUGGAAUAGUACCAGGAAGUCUAAAGGAAGAAGACAAGAUAUUAUAUUUAUACGCAACAGUAGCCGCAAGGCUAUUGAUUGCGAAAAAUUGGAAAAGUGAUAUUAUACUGACAAAAACAGAGUGGCUUGCCAAAUUAUUGGAGUAUUACAAUAUAUCCAAAACAAUGGGAGAAAUUGAAAGGAUCUCAAAAUAGAAGAUAGACAGGGACUGGAAGGUGUUUAAAGGAUACUUGCAAAACCAUACUGAAAAAUCAGAACUCCUAUUAGAAUAAACAAGUUCCGUUUUAAAUACUGAAAUAAUAAAUAAGAUGGAUAACAAUGUGUAACAGAAAAAGAAGCGUGAAAUUAGGUUAAAGGUGUGUGAAAGAAAGUAAUAGAAGUGGAAAGAAAUUGCAAUUGAGUAGAUUGGAAGUCUAACACAAAGGUGGGGUGAGGGGUGGUGGAUGGUGAUGGGAAAAGGAAUUGUCUGUGGGAUUGAGUGUAGGUAUGUUUGAACAUUUUUAAGGAUUGUAUAAAAUGUAUGCUUGUAUGCUUGUAUAUUCGCAAUAUGAGUGUAUUAAUGCUGAAUUGUUUUAAUAAUAAAAACUUUUCAAAAAAAAAAAGAAAAAAGCAAGAUACCCAAUGCUUUCAAGCUUGCAUUCUGAUAGACACAAUAUAAAGAAAAAUGGGAUGGGAAAGGAACAGAAAAAGAAGCAAAUUUGGACAUGCAAAUAUUUCAUGGCAAGGUAGAAGGGCCAUUCUGGGAGCAAGUGUCCAAGUUACAGGAGACUGGACAUCAGCAAAGUGCUCACCAAUGAGGACAGGAUUAUAGAUGCAGCACAGUCUGAACAAACCAAGGUCAAGAACAGAGGAUCAGUCUAGCCCUGUGAAUAGCUCAGUCGGUAGAGCAUGGGACUCUUAAUCUCAGGGUUGUGGGUUUGAGCCCCAUGUUGGGCAAAUGAUUGCAGGGGAAUGAUCUUCAUGCUCCCUUCCAACUCUAUAACUCUAUGAUUCUAUGACACAGGGACAUAUGUACUGUACAUUUAAAACAGUAUCGUACUACUCUAAAUGACCAUGUCUCCAACAACUUUAGGCACCCUUAACAAAGUACACUCUCUUUAGGGGAAGCCAUGACUGUUUAAAGUAGUAUAAUAUUGCUUUAAAUGUAUAAUACAGACAAAGACCAAUCUACCAGGCCAAGAUCAAUAUCACAGGGAAUGAUAUAGGUAUAAUUCUGCAAGUCUAUAAAACUUGACCCAGGAACUGGGAGCCAGAGAACCCUGGUGUUUCUAGCAACUGGAAGAUUCAAGAGGGAUGUCUUGUAUGCCUCCUAAACACCACAGCUGCUGGCAGUAAAAGACUAAGAUUAUACAAUAAUUACAUAAUUAUACAAUAAUAAUAAUACUGUAAUUAGGGAUGCAUUGUAAUGAUCAGAGCAGAUAUCCAUGUGGUGCCAUUCAGCUAGAUCUGCUAUAUUCUGUGUGUGUACAGUACAUGAGCAAAUUAUUUGGAGUGCUCUAAUAUUUCUUUCAGAGUGACUUGUGUUUUCCUUGUAUGUAACAGAACUUGCACACCUUUCUCUUGUUCCUAAAUGCUUGGCGGGGUAUGUAGUUUGAGGAAAACUGCCUCGUGGGCCAAAUUUGGCUCAUGGGCUGGAGGUCCCCAACCCUUGUCUUACAGCAUAAUACAGUACAGAGGACCAAACUACACCUAAGUGAGAUCUCCUCUUGGGCUAUUUUGGUUGUCUGUACAGGUCAAAUUAUUAUUCCAAAAAUAAGAAUGGAGUCUUGAUUCAUAACACUGGAUUUUAAAAUUCUCUGCACCCGAAUUGCAGAAAAGUUGCCUCAGACAACUCCAUAAUAAGAUUAUUGUGUUGAUAAUUUCCAGGAUAGAAUGAAAGUGUCAAUUUCUGUUCUUUGCAAAGAGUUUCCCCAUUUACUCAUUUCUCACAGUUAUAUUGCAUCGUGCCUGGGCGUCUUGUGAGGAUGGAUGUCUGAAUAUCAUGUGCCAGUUUAGAUGCCAACAUUUCUUUCAGUCUUUUGGUUUGAAAAGGCUGCAAAUAAUUUCAGUGGUCUGCACACUCAACUUGUAACAUUUAAUUCCGCUGGGCAGCCAGCGAUACCAUAUAAUUAUCCCUGUUUUGUUUAUUGUUUGGUUUUUGAGCUUUUAAAAGAAAGGCAUGCACAGAGGAAACAGGAUCCUUGUUUAUUUGGAGGGAGGAGAGAAAAGGGGAAGCAGCAGACUGCGUAUUUAUUUUCUAGGGCUAACAAUAAGAACUUGUAGCACAACGAGUGAUUUCUGUCAACAGUAACUUCUCCUUUUUGUGGUAUUAUUCAUCUGAAUUGCCUGAUGAAUUUUAAGAAAACAUGGAAACAAGUCUGGUUUGUAAAAUAGACCUUAGGGUCUGCCUGGAUGCUCUUUUUUCCUACCUAGAAUAGUUAUUUUAAAGUCCUUUAAAGCCCUAAGAUAGAGUGCGAGACUGGUUGCAUUAUUACCAAAUAAGAGAGGUUUAUAAUUUGGAUAGAAAAAUUGGCUUCCAGGUGGAAAAAUCAAAGUUGGAAACAGAACUGUUAGAUUCCAAAACUAAAACACUUUCAAGAAUGUAUAACUUGCUGCUAAAAUGGAAUACUCAGGAUGAAAUGGUAAAAUCUGCUAUGAUUAAAUGGGCACAGGAUGUUGGACAUAACAUUAUGUUUGCUGACUGGGAACGGUUAUGGACCACAGGUAUGAAGUUUACGGCAUGUAAUGCCUUAAGAGAGAAUAUUAUGAAAAUGAUAUACAGGUGGUACAUGACCCCAGUCAAGCUUGCAAAAAUCUAUCAUUUGCCCGAUAAGAAAUGUUGGAAAUGUAAAGAAACUGAAGGUACAUUCUUUCACCUUUGGUGGACGUGCCCAAAGAUUAAGGCUUUCUGGGAAAGGAUAUAUAAUGAGUUGAAAAGGUAUUUAAGUAUACCUUCUUAAAGAAACCAGAGGCCUUUCUCCUGGGCAUUGUUGGCCAAUUGGUGCCAAAGAAGGAUAGAACUUUCUUUAUGUAUGCAACAGCAGCAGCAAGGAUACUUAUCGCAAAGUAUUGGAAGACACAAGACUUACCCACUCUGGAAGAAUGGCAGAUGAAGGUAAUCGAUUAUAUGGAAUUGGCGGAAAUCCGGGACCAGGGAGAAGAGUCGGUGGAAGAAGAUUGGAAGAAAUUUAAAGACUAUCUACAGAAAUACUAUAAAAUUAAUGAAUGUUAAAUUGAGGUCUGAUUGAAAAUAACUGGUAUUGGCAAAAGCCUUGCGUUUAAGAGUAUGGAAUAUUUGGUUGAUAAGGUUGUAAAAAUACCUAUAUAUAAAUAGAUUAAGCUUCUUGAGUUAAGAUAAAGGAAGGAGGGUAAGGAUUUGCUGAAAGGAGUUUCUAAAAAGAAAUACAAGUGGGGAGGUGCGGGGAAGUCAAAGAACCAAGGAAAGAUUAGAAGGUUAAAUGAAAUUACAAAUUUUUAAAUUUUUCUGUUUUAUUGUUAUUUUUUGUUUUCCUUUUGUCACUGUUAUUGUUGUUUUUUGUCUUUGAAAAUCUGUAUCUUUGUAUGUUUUGGAACUUUUGUAAAACCAAUAAAUAUUAUAUUAAAAAAAAAAAAAAAGUCCUUUAAAGCCCUUCACGGCCUAGGACCCUUGUACCUACGGGACCGCCUCUCCUGGUACGGAGGACCUUAAGGUCCAUAUAUAGCAACACCCUAGAGGUCCCCGGCCCUAAGGAAGUUAGAUUAGCCUCAACCAGAGCCGGGGCCUUCUCAACACUGGCUCCGGCCUGGUGGAAUGCUCUGUCUCAUGAGACCAGGGCCCUGCAGGAUCUGAUUUCUUUCUGCAGGGCCUGUAAGACAGAGUUGUUCCACCUGGCCUUUGGCUUGGAAUCAGUUUGAUUCCCUCCCCCUCUUUCUUUUUCCUUUCUCCUCCUGUGAAGAGAUUGCACCCUAAUGUUUUAAUGUUGUACAGUGGUGCCUUGCAAGACGAAAUUAAUCCGUUCCGCGAGUGUCUUCGUCUAGCGUUUUUUUCGUCUUGUGAAGCAACCCUAUUAGCGGCUUAGCGGAUUAGCGCUAUUAGUGGUUUAGCGGCUAUUAAAGGCUUAUCGGCUUAGCGGAUUAGCUGCUAAAAGGCUAUUAAAGGCUUAGCGGCUUAGAAAAAGGGGGGAGCGACAAAAAAUCUCAAGACUCGCAAGACAUUUUCGUCUUGUGAAGCAAGCCCAUAGGGAAAUUCGUCCUGCGAAGCAACUCAAAAAUGGAAAACCCUUUCGUCUAGCAGGUUUUCCGUCUUGCGAGGCAUUCGUCUUGCGGGGCACCACUGUAUCUUAAUCUUUUAAAUUGUAUUUUAAUCAACUUGUUUUUACUAUUGGUUGUUAGCCGCCCUGAGCCCGGUCUUGGCUGGGGAGGGUGGGGUAUAAAUAAAUAAUAAUAAUAAUAAUAAUAAUAAUAAUAAUAAUAAUAAUAAUAAUUAUUAUUAUUAUACCAUGUCCAGUCCUACAGAACAUUUGUUUGCGGGAAGGUUAUACAACAGUAAGCAUUCAUCCUGAUUUGAUUGUGCACUUUUAUGCAUCUUCUCAUUAAUCAUUCCUUUGUCCCAUGUUUUUCAGCGCAAUUCAUCUACACUUUCCAAACCACAAAGUCCAAUCCUUUUUAAAAAGUGGAUUGGUUUUUCAGCCCAAGGGCCACAUUCUUUUUUGGAGAACCUUCCAGGGGCCACAUGCCCCUUGGUGGCAUACCCCUCAACCCUCAAUUCAGGCAACCAAGAAGCAUUAUCAGAGUUCUAGGACAGGCAUGGGCAAACUCGACCCUCCAGAUGUUUUGGGACUACAACUCCCAUCAUCCCUAGCUAACAGGACCAGUGGUCAGGGAUGAUGGGAACUUGUUCAUGUACGCCACAACGGCUGCAAGAAUCCUCCUGGCCCAAAGAUGGAAGCAGCAAGAACUCCCCACUCUGGAUGACUGGUAGAUAAAGAUGGUAGAAUACGCGGAGUUGGCAAAGUUAACAGGGAAGAUUAGGAAUCGACCCGAUGAACGGUUCCAAAAGGACUGGAGCAAAUUUAUUAAUUAUCUGAAAGAAAAUUGUAAACAUCUGAAAACGUUUGCAGCUUUAACGUGAAAUGUUUGGUAAUGUGGAAUUAAGGAGCUAAUUUACAUGUGAGAGGGUGAUUGUUAAAAGUUGAUAUAAGUGACUAUGGAAAUGCGACAGAUAAAGAUAUGGGGAAGUCAGAAAGAGGGAGGGAAGGAGGUUGAUGCUCUUUUUGAGUAAUAUUGUAAGCUGUGGAUUUGUGUAAUGAAAUGUAACAUGGAAAACUCAAUAAAAAUCAUGUUUUAAAAAAAAAUCUGGAGGGCCGAGUUUGCCUAUGCCUGUUCUAGGACACACUGCAGCCAGGUGAGAACAGGCAGAUGCAAAUCAGGGGGGCUGGUAUAUUCUGUUACUGGGGCAUUGCCCCUCUCUCAGUCACCCCUCCCCCAGUCUGUCUACCUUAAUCUUAGCUAAAACCAGUCCAAGGGUUGGAACAGCCUGCCAGCAUUCUCUUCAUUAGCCCUUGUAUAGGCAUAGGCAAACCGGUCCGCCAGAUGUCUGGGACUACAAUUCCCAUCAUCCCUAGCUAACAGGACCAGUGGUCAGGGAUGAUGGAAAUUGUAGUCCCAAACAUCUGGAGGGCCAUAGUUUGCCUAUGCCUGCCCUUGUAUAACUCAGUAGGAAAGAGGAUGAGGGUCAAAGCCAGAAUUAGCUGGCUCUUCCUUUCAUUGGCUCUGACACCCCCGAUGGCCAGGCUCUCUGCUCUCUGCCCUACCAGCCCUAGUGGGCACUAGUCACCACUGGGUGUUGCUUAGGAAAGUGUGUUGGCCAAGGAGACUCCAGAGCGACCGACCGACCUAGAGAGCUGCAUUUGGCCUCUGGGCCUGUGGGUCUCCAUCCCCACACUAGGGCAGUUCAGUUGAGCAAAACUAUAUGGUUUCAACAAAAUAAUAUUCCACAAAACAGAGACAAUCUGGAGGUGCCCUCUGUCCCUCUGUCUCUCAGAGUACAUGGUGUAAGGUAAAGGUAAAGGGACGCCUGACCAUUAGGUCCAGUCGUGACCGACUCGGGUUGCGGCACUCAUCUCGCUUUAUUGGCCGGGGGAGCCAGCGUACAGCUUCUGGGUCAUGUGGCCAGCAUGACUAAGCCGCUUCUGGUGAAACCAGAGCAGCCAACAGAAAUGCCGUUUACCUUCCCGCUGGAGCGGUACCUAUUUAUCUACUUGCCCUUUGAUGUGCUUUCGAACUCCUAGGUUGGCAGGAGCAGGGACCGAGCAACGGGAGCUCACCCCGUUGCGGGGAUUCGAACCGCCGACCUUCUGAUCGGCAAGUCCUAGGCUCUGUGGUUUAACCCACAUUGCUACCCGCAUCCCUUAUACAUGGUGUGGGGCACCCCAAAUUGGGAGUCCAUGUGAUGAACAUGAAUGCAGAUUAGGCAUGCUUACCACUCCACCUGGUACCGAGAGCAGGGAGGGUGUUAGAAAGUGAGCUGGCACAAACCUGUGGCCUGCUCCCCAUCUCUCUCUGGCCAGCAUCUUGAGAGACAGAGUAGGGCGAGAUGAAGAAAUAAUGUUUGACAGACCCUUGGCAAAAACCUUUGGCAAAAAGAAAAGAAAAGAAUGUGUUGCUCCUUAGCCAGCAGAUGGCAGCAGCAGGUCAUUUAUAUUUUUAAAAGCACUAACCCUACAUUGAUAGUUUCAUGGACUUUUAAUGUUUUUCCUGUAUGUUUAUAUUUUCCAGGGAUUUUACUACAAAUGCCAACAACAUUCAAAUUAAUCAAACGGAACCUUUGUGGCACAACUACUUUCUAUGUGGAGUCAAAGGAAUUAAGGUAAAACAAAUUCUGUAUGCAUCAUUGCAGUAAGUUAAUUUUUUUUAUUAAAAAUGUAUUGGGUAUGUGCAUCAUUUAAAGUGGUUUUUUUUAAAAAAAAAUAACACACUAUAACAAAGUAUUAAUUUAAUCAUUUAAGAUGCAUUAUAGUUAGAUUUAUUUACUCAGAUAAAGCACCAUGGCUACAAAACGCUUUCAAAAUUUAUGGUCUGUUUCACGUUUUCAGGCAUUAAAAUGUUUCUCCUUGCUAUGAAUUUUUGAAAGAUUUUUUCAGAGCUCCAAGAAUAGAGUAGAUUAAUAAAAGUGUGACAUAGGAAUUUGAUAAACAUUUCAAUAAUAAUAAUAAUAAUAAUAAUAAUAAUAAUAAUUUAUUAUUUAUACCCCGCCCAUCUGGCUGGGUUUCCCCAGCCACUCUGGGUGGCUCCCAUUCAAAUGUUAAAAACAGCACAGCAUUAAAUAUUAAAAACUUCCCUAAACAGGGCUGCCUUCAGAUGUCUUUUAAAGAUAGGAUAGUUGCUUAUUUCCUUCACAUCUGAAGGGAGGGUGUUCCACAAAUUUUAACUCAACAUUAUAAACUGGAAAUCCUGGGUUAACCCACUGAAAUUAGUGAAAUUACAGGUGGGCAGAGUUGGGGAGUGGGGGCUAAUAACCAUAUUACUUGCAGUAAUGCCUUGUACCAGGGACAGGAACUCUUUUUCGGCCUGAGGGUUAUAUUUCCUCAUAGACAAGUAUCAUUAAGGGACAUUCAGCCUGAUCCCCAGUUGGAUAUAAGUGCCUGCUUAUAGCUCACCACUUGGUUCUGGCCUUGAAAAAUCAAGCUUCCUCCUCUACCUUUCCUCUCUACUCGCUGUUCCUUGUGUGCCUUGUCGUUUUGGUUGUGAGCCCAAUGUUAGGGUCCCUCUCUCUCUCUUUUAUUGGUGUGAGCUGCUUUGGGAGACAAUAAUUGUCUAGAAAGUAAGAUAAAAAUACAGUAGGAAAAUGGCAUAUACUGUACUUGAGUUAAACAGCGUUUAGUUAAAUGAAGCAGCAUGCAACUGUAUUCAAGGGCUUGCAAAUCAGCCAGUGAUUUAUUGCAAAACCACAUUCUAUCAGGUAACCUGUAUUGGGGCCCAGAGAGACAGUAAACUCCAGAUUGUUUCCUGGCUCCAAGGGGGAAAUAAAAUUUGGGGGAGAUUUGUGCAUGCCGAAAAGAGUUCCCUAUAAAGAAGGUGAUGCAUAUAAAACGUUAAAAAGAAAGUAAGUGCAAACACAACAAAACCCCUUAAGCAAAACAUUAUUCAGCUGGAAGUUGCAAGAGAAUCCAAGGACAUAAACGUGUUUAUAUUAAAGUGAACAUACUAUCCUUUUGGAAGAGGAGUGCUGCAAAGCUUGGUAAAAUCCACGUUCAGUUCUGAAACUGCAGUCAGGCCCCCUCCUCUUCUCCCCCACCCUCCCAAUGUUAAACAUUGCGUGAUAGGUUUGCAAGUGUGAUCCCCUUUCAAGGCAAUUCUGCCGAUGAGUUCCUGGUUAAAUAUAUGACUUAGAUUUCUCCCCUGCCUCUCAGUCUUGUCUUCUGAUGUUCUGUGUGGAAGUGGUUGGCAGCGAUAGUGCUUGAGCUAAUAGUUUGUUUGUGUGUCUAAGAAAGGGAAUUUUUAUGUGGGUCAUUUGUGGUGGUGAUUAGGACGUGUUGAACUAGAGCUAUUUUCUGUGGGUGCUGCAAGAAUUCCGCAAGAACUGUCUAAUACUGGAAUGAUGUCAGGGUGUGGGGGAGGAUAACGUUUUAAAAUAAAUCAGACUUUCUCUUGGAAAUCCUCACCUUUAGUUACAAGUUUAUAGGAGCAUGUGAAUCUUACUUUGCUGGACCAGACCACCAUUCUAUUUCAUUCAGGUCUGCGUUUGUUUGUUUUUUCGAAGGGGACAAACAGGCUACCCUUGGUGGGUAGGCCUGGGCGAUAUAUCGAUAUAUCGCCCAGGACCGGUAUGAGGAGCAGACCGUGAUGUCGGCUUCACUCAGCGGUAUAUCCCUGGUGAAACCACCACAACUCUGAGUCCCUCUGCUAGCAGUGUCUGCUAGAGUUCAUUCCUCCAGCGAGCUUUGCUAGCAGGGGGACUCAGGAGCAGCGGCAGUUUCACCAGUGAUAUAUGGAGAAACAAGAUAUACCGUUGAGGCACCGUGAGCCGGUGGCAGGGUGGGGGCUCUGUGAAACUGUGAGGAAACUGGCACUCCCUGCAGUUAAAGGAGCCCCGAUGCUCUGCCCCCUCACCUGUGAGCAUAGCUGUCAACUGUUCCCUUUUUUUAAAGGGAAAUUCCCUUAUUCCAAAUAGGAUUCCUCACAAGAAAAGGGAAAAGUUGACAGCUAUUGCCUGUGAGCGGCAGGAGCACUGUCUCAGCUGGGGAGGGAAAACAGGCAAGCCCCACUCGCAAUAUACUGCUGGGUGAAGGCGCCAUUGCGCUCUGGCCCUCAAACCGGUCCUGGACAAUGUAUUGAUACAUCGCCCAGGCCGCCGCCGCUGCCUCUUCCACUUAGCUAUCAUGGUAAUAACCACUGCUAGACCUGCCUUCCAUUCUUUUCCCCUGUUCCUUUUAGACUGAAACCCUAAACAUACUUACUAUGGAAUGUUGUUGUUGUUUAGUCGUGUCCGACUCUUUGUGACUCCAUGGACCAGAGCACGGCAGGCACUCCUGUCUUCCACUGCCUCCCGCAGUUUGGUCAAACUCAUGCUGGUAGCUUCGAGAACACUGUCCAACCAUCUCAUCCUCUGUCGUCCCCUUCUCCUUGUGCCCUCCAUCUUUCCCAACAUCAGGGUCUUUUCCAGGGAGUCUUCUCUUCUCAUGAGGUGGCCAAAGUAUUGGAGUCUCAGCUUCAGGAUCUGUCCUUCCAGAGAGCACUCCGGGCUGAUUUCCUUAAUAAUGGAUAGGUUUGAUCUUCUUGCAGUCCAUGGGACUCUCAAGAGUCUCCUCCAGCACCAUAAUUCAAAAGCAUCAAUUCUUCGGCGAUCAGACUUCUUGAUGGUCCAGCUCUCACUUCCAUACAUCACUACUGGGAAACCAUAGCUUUAACUAUACGGACCUUUGUUGGCAAGGUGAUGUCUCUAUGGAAUAAACCCCUUUAAAUGCAACGAGGCUGCAAUCCAAUGCAUUUACUUGGGAGGUAGGCUGUGUGUGUGUGUGUGUGCGUGCGUGCACAUGUGCUGUGGCCCUGCCCACUGCCAUUGUGUGCCUCCUCCCUUACCCUUGAGAAAAUGCACCUGCCCAAGGAAAACUAGUUCUUCACCUCUGCUGAAUAGGCUUGGCCACUGUUAGCCAAAUGUUCUUGAACAAAGUUUAGGAAUGUAGAAAGCUGCCUUAGACUGCGUCAGACCCAUGCUCCAUCUAGUUCAGUAUUGUCGUAAAAACUGAAAGCAGCAAAACAUCUCUCUGCAUAUAUAUGUAGAUGCUAGUGGUUGAACUUGGGACCUUCCGCAAAGCAGAUGCUCUACCAGUGAGCUAUGGUCCAUCUGAAUGUCAUAUAAUUUACAGUACAUUUCCAAGCACAAUUCAAAGUGUUGGUGCUGAUCUUUAAAGCCCUCAACAGCCUCGGCCCAGUAUACCUGAAGGAGCAUCUCCACGCCCAUCAUCCAUCCCAGACACUAAGGUCCAGCUCCAAGGGCCUUCUGGCAGCUCCCUCACUGCGAGAAGUGAAGCUACAGGGAACCAGGCAGAGGGCCUUCUUGGUCGUGACACCCACCCUGUGGAACGCCCUCCCAUCAGAUGUCAAGGAAAUAAACAACUAUCUGACUUUUAGAAGACAUCUGAAGGCAGCCCUGUUUAGGGAAGUUUUUAAUGCUUGAUUUUUAUCCAAUUUUUUUAUAUUCUGUUGGGGGCCACCCAGAGUGGCUGGGUGGAGGCCUGGCCAGAUGGGCGGGGUAUAAAUAAAAUUAUUAUUGUUAUUAUUAUUAUUACAAAACAGUAAAUAAUGGCCAAAGUCUUCCAUUCCUCUCAGUACAGCCAAUUUUCAUAGCUAAUUUUUUCCUGUCUUCCUUAAAGCACCACAAUGGACUGCAGUCUCAAGGAUGCUAAGGAGUAUCACAGCCUGUGAUCCAGGAGAGAUACUAAAAUAGUCAGGCCAAUUCAUCCACUCACUGAAAUUUGUAAAGCCUUGGGCAAAAGUUAAGUUGUUUAGUGCCAUAUCAUUUAUCCUUUUCACCUUUCCAAUAUGUUUUUCUUAAUUUAAUAUUUCAUGUCAGGAUAAGCCAGACCACCUACCAAACACAAAGCAAAUAGACACAUGGAAAAGGAACUCGCAGUGUGCUUUAGUAGAACUUUCCCCCCCCAGUCAAGGGCCACAUUCCCUCUGGACUAAUUUUUUGAGGGCCACAUUCUGGUGAAGAACCCGAAGUGGCCAGAGCCCCAUAUUUUACUCUCUCCUUUUCCAACACCCCUUUCUCUCUUCCUGUCUUCCCUGAUCCAUGGACUGCAAAAAGAGGAGCAGAUUUCUGUUGCCAAAAGUCUGAACCGAUUGCUCCCAAAACCUCAGGCAACCCAAGCUCCUGGAAAUUUGUCUUAAAUUGUCAGUAAGGCACCAUGCCUGUGUCAUAUGUGAUUGGCCAAAAUAAUUUCUGUUCCAUCUGCAGUGGAAAUGUGAAAAAAUCUGAUGCUCUUUCCUAGGAAUCGGAAAUAUUUCAGCCUUCUGCAGAGCAAGUGUUUACGGCUCCCAAAAAUGAGAGGCCAGGAAUUUAAAAGAUUUCUUCGCCAGGUCUUCUUUCAUCUCCCAGAAGGAGAGAUUCCUAGGAAGCAAGGGGUGGGGGGGAGAGAAAAUAAUAAUAAUAAUUGGAAAAAAUGGAGAAAGGAUUGCUUCAUUCGCCAGUAGGAUUGCAAAACAUGGAAAGAAAAAGACACACAACUGCUAACUGGGAUGUUGCAAGUGGUGAUGGAUGUGUGUUAUUUUGCUAUUUGCUUUCUGACUGAAGAGCGACAUGUACAAAAACGGAAUUUGCAUGCUCCUGCAAUCUCCCAUUUACUGUAGCCUGGGAAGCAGCUCAUUUGAUGCAGCUGUAAUUGAUCGCAUUACUCCUUUGUAGGGCCACUUAAACUGCUACUUCUCACUGGACCUGAUAGUCUCAGCAGGGCUAAAUUAACCAAAGAAUUUAACUUGGUCAACAGCCCAACUCCAUCUACUGUUUGCCAUUAACAGCCUCUGAGAGACUGUGCAUUCAUUGCAUCACUGUGCAAAUGUAUAAUUGGCUGCAUCAUACAGAAUGUAGCAUCCACAAGUCUGUUUCCAUUUCCAAAAAACCCAUCCCGUUUUUUUAGUUUUUAUUGCCCUGCAGAAGUGCCAGCCACCUCACUUUGGAAGCCCAUGUCAGCAGAACCUUCUUCAAAAUAAAAAUGGAUAAAACUGCCCUCAGAUCUUCAGAUGAAGAGCAGUAUACAAACUUAAUAAAUAAUAAUUAUAAAAAUAAAGCCAAGCUGUUAGAAAUUCAAUGGAAAACAUGGAGGUUUGUGCCUACCACUGUAUGUGUAUAUAUAGCAUAACAUUCACAUAGCAUGACAUGUAAAAAUUUCGGUGGAGCAAUUCUAUGCAUAGGUCUGUUUCUUGGUGUAAGAUGUUUUGUAGACAUCUUAUUUUUAAACAACUUGAAAGAGACUUAACAGUGGAAGAAAUAUUCAAAACAUACCAGUUUGUACUAAAAACACUGAUUUGCUAGUUGUCAUCAAAAGCAAAGCAACUUCAAAUAAAUUCUGCCAAUAAUUUUUUGCUGGGGAAAAUCAGAUGUACCAUUAAAAGUGUUUUUUAUGCGCUGUGUUCUGUCCAGUUAGUAGUGAGAAUUCUAAAUGCUGGCCACAAUUCCCUACCUCUGUGAUAAUAUCUGAUAUUUAUUAAUACUUUCUCCAUCUGUACCAACAAGAAUAAUAUAUUUGAUAUCUAUUUGACUUGAAGGCAUUGGCAUCCCAUUUGGCAUCUGGUCUAACUCAUAAAACUUCCACUUGGCUAAAACAGGUCUUUGAUUGACAAUAUGUGGACUUUGGGGGAAAUUGUUAACAUAUUUUAGCUUAUGAGGUUGCUGGCCCAGUAGUUUGUCUGCUGAUCUUGUACUAGGAGUCUGGGAGUUUAGAAUAAUUACUUUCUACGGUAAGCCACAGACCACUUAAGAUGGCUUUGUCCCCUAUAGAAAAAUGGAACUGUCUAUGUACUACAGUUUCAGUAAAAACUGGCCAUCUUUUCAAAGCCCAAUAUUGAAAUUUCUUACUGAAGUAAAAGUGGUUUGUAGAGCAUUCUGCACAAGUCUUCAUAUAAGCAGCACUUUUUAUAGACUUACCCUGGCUGAAUAACAGUGAUACUUUGGGCCUCUAAAUAGCUGCUCUAUAACUGAAAAAAAAUGGAGCAAGGAACAGGUGGAUGUGGGUUUUCUUUGGAUUUUUCCUUAGCUACUGGUAAGUUGUACUGGCAAACACCUGUUAAGUUCCUAUUUCUAGUAAGGUAUUUGAGGUAGCAGGAAAGAGGGGUAGUUGAGCAACAUAGAGGAAUAUCCUGAUGUUCUCGCUUAGCAGUGAUUUGCCAAUAUCAAGCGAGCACUCAGAGAUUACAUUGGCGCCCUCUCUCAGCAAUGGCUUGCCUAUAUUGGGAGUAGGAGAUCCGAGAGCUUUAUGGCAGGCAGUAGGCAUGGGAGUGGCUCUGUGGGAGGCACUCAGUUUCCAGGACAAGGAAGAUUAUAGGUAGUGGUGCAGGUAUCCUGGCUCAACUGCCUGCAGCAAAGUUAGGGAAUCAAUGUGUGUAUUCAGUGAGAGCCACAGCUAUAAAACAAGGCGUCCAGAAGGAGUGAACUGGGCUGCUUUUGCAUCUCAAGGCAUAAAUGGAGCACUAAAGUGUUUGGAAGAAGAGCGGACACAAGAAACCAUGGUUAGCAUGGUGUUUGGGAAAUAACCUGUGUUUUCAGGAAAUAUUGAGAGUAACUGGUUUAUGGAUGGUAUACUUUAACAUAACAAGAAAUGCUGCUAUAGCAAUAGUACCCUUUUAAAUGAUAAGUUAUAAAGGACUGGCAGUGUCAGCCUUAGCUGCCAACCUAAUAAGUGGUUGAGAGUGCGGUGGGGUGGGCAAGGGCAAGGCAAAAGCAGACUAUUGUAGUCUCAGUUUUUUGCAGGGAUGCUACCUGACCCUCUCAGGCCUGCUGCUGGUCCAGCAUGUUAUCUCUAGUUCCCUAGAACUAGGUGGUAACUAAAGGGCCGCGUAUCAUUAAGCCCCUGGUUCUGGAUCCAUGGUAAGGUUGGUUCUGGAAAUUGCCUCCAAAUGUUACGUUGUGACUGCGAGAAACUAUGCCAGUCCUGCCCCGGUGUUAAUGUAAGAGCCAUUCUUUGCUUAUUCUAUACUGAAAAUGUGUGCCUGAGCUUAUUGAUUAAUUUUAGUAAUUCCCCCCUUGCUGUUUAGGAUCAUUUCAGUCUUGACAGUCCAAGUGGCAUGAAUUGCCUUGUAGAAGGAACCAUCCCUCCAAGUUCUGGCCUCUCCAGUUCCAGUGCCUUGGUCUGCUGUGCAGGACUCGUGACCCUUAUGGCAAAUGGAAAGACUCUUCCAAAGGUACCAGACGGAAGGCGGGUUGGGGGAGGGGAGUACAAUUUGUGAGAGACCAUGUUAAAAUUCAACAUUGCUAAAUUUCAGGUGUUGUUGGACUACGACUUCUGUCAUCUCUGACCUUUAGCCGUUGUGUUUUAAUUUGUUGGAAGCUGCCCGCAGUGGCUGGGGUGGCCAGUCAGAUGGGGAGAAUAUUAAGAAUAAGAAUAAGAAUGCAGUGCUGGCUGGGGCUAGUGGGAGGUGUAGUCCGAAAACAUCAGGAAGACAUCAGGCUGGGGAAGGCUGAUUUGUAUGAACAUUUAAAAAAGAAGCUCAGGAUUGUUUUCACAAUGACUUGUUGGAUAGCUCAUUGCAAAAUGGAGCAAGUAUUGUUGGCCAUCUUCUGUCUAGCAUGGAAACGCAUGUUAAAGGUGCUGUAAAAAGGUAAAGGGACCCCUGACCCAUUAGGUCCAGUCGUGACCGACUCUGGGGUUGCAGCGCUCAUCUUGCUUUAUUGGCCGAGGGAGCCGGCAUACAGCUUCUGGGUCAUGUGGCCAGCAUGACAAAGCCGCUUCUGGCGAACCAGAGCAGCACACGGAAACGAUGUUUACUUUCCCGUCAGAGCAAUACUUAUUUAUCUACUUGCACUUUGACAUGCUUUCGAACUGCUAGGUUGGCAGGAGCAGGGACCGAGCAACAGGAGCUCACCCCGUUGCGGGGAUUCAAACCGCCGACGUUCUGAUCGGCAAGUCCUAGGCUCUGUGGUUUAACCCACAGCGCCACCCGCAUCCCUCCGAAAAGGUGCUGUAGGGGAUAUAUUUUAGCCUAGUCUAAGCCUCCUUACAUAGCCUUGACUUUUGGUCUACUCUUUAUAAUUCUGGUAGUUUGAUAACAACCAGACAAUAUCUGGGGCUGCCUCACAACAUGCAGGAAAAGUAAGAAGUCAAGUUCAGCAUAGGAAGCUGAAUUGCAUGCAUUGUUCCUAGCAAUUUAUAGACUCCUAACUGAAGCCUGUUGCUGCAGACCACACCAAACACCAACUGCAGAUGUUUGAAUCUGCACUAAGAGCAUUUCCUUGCACGUGCAAUAACUUGCAAGGAGCCCUUUACUCAGGUGUUGUGCAGCAACAUUGGGCUCUCAGGCAUGUAUUUUGUCAAUGACCUGCUGUUUGGGCUUGGACCUUCUGAUGUAGAUCCUCUUUAGGGCUGGGGAUGACUUGACAUUCCCCUCUGACUUAGUUGGUAGUUCCACUGCUAGAGAUUUGUCAGAAGCCGACCUUGAUGUACCUCCAGAGUGACCCCUGGAGGCAAGCCCAGGGAGGCCGCUCCAGGUUCACUGGUGCCAGAUUUGGGGUAGGUGGGUUGUCUGCUCACCUGGGAUCAUCAUUCAUCAGGAAACCUGGGUCAGAGCAAGUCAGAGCCCAGCGUGACAGUUUGACAUCAGGAUUCCAGCAGUAAGGUCACUCGGGUCACUCCCAUUCAUUGUUCCUGAAUGUUUUCCCCUGUUUUCUUUUAAAUUAACUAUUGGCACCCUUAGGAGCUGUUCUUUGGCAAUCCCUAGGAGCUGUUGAUGGGUUUCCAAGAGGAGGAAAAUAUAUCUGAUAUAUAACCUGCCCCCCAUACUUAAACAUAAUGAGAUUGUGGACAGGGCUUCAGGGAUCAAACCUUGAAAGUGCUGCAUAUUUAGCUUGGAAGAAGAACCCACACCUUCUCAAAAUAUCCUGAUCAGAAAAGUAUUUUAACCCAAGCUUAGGGUAAGCAUACUUAAGUCCUAUGUCAGUAUGUUAAUGAUGCCGAUUCAAUAUGGUUCUCCCUUUUCUGUACACUAAAGAGAAUGAAGGAAGACUAAUAACAAAAAGCAUUGUGUAGUUAAAACUCACAUGAAACAUUGACUCUGUUUUAUUUUUAAAACAACAUACUUUUGUCUUUUGGAAGUAAAUUCAGAAAACAGUUUAUGCUGUGUCUGAUUAAUGUGUUUAGAAAUCUGCAUUGUCUCCACUUGCCCAGAUUUUUUCUUUUUAAAGGUCAUGCAUGCACAGUGGUUUAGAGAAAUCUUGGAUACUGUCCAACCAGAUACACAGUGCUAACCAUUUUCAGCAUUGAGGCAAUAUCUAGCUAACGUCGCAUAGUGUUUAAGACAAGCGUGGGGAACUCUCUUCAGACAGAGGUCCGCAUACCCACCUGAGCAGCCUUCUGGGGAGGCCAUGCCAGUGGUGGGCAGUGGCAGAGGCAACUGUGGGCAAAGCAAAUAAUGUAAAUUGUACCUUUGUGCAAAAGGCUGGUUUCUACACACAUUCACACAACCCUCUCUAUACUCCAUCCAGGCAGCCAAGAGGUGUUGUCAGAGCCAGGCAGAAAAACUCAAGCACGGAAUGAAGUAGGGAUGGUGAGGGGUGUGGCUUGGGCAGAGUGGGUGUGGCUGUGACCUGGCAAGAGUCCCAUGGACCGUAUAGAGCAGGCAUAGGCAAACACUGGCCCUCCAGAUGUUUGGGACAACAAUUCCCAUCAUCCCUGGCCAUUGGUCCUGUUAGCUAGGGAUGAUGGGAAUUGUAGUCCCAAACAUCUGGAGGGCCGAGUUUGCCUAUGCCUGAUUUAGAGAAUCCUGACUGGCUGCUUUUGCCUCCCAGCCGGAGGUCUCUCACCCUAAGUAAAGAUAGUUAGCUGUGAGGUGGGGAAGUUCAACUUUCAUCUCUGCUACAAAUUUACUGGGUAUCCAAGCCAGUAGACCACUUUGGAUGUAACCCUAAAAUACGAUUUAGUGUUCCACGAGUGAGCCUCAGUCUUUUGCACGCUCCUUCAUUACCUGUGGGGAGGAAUUUGCAAGUAUCUGCUUCUGCUUUUCAACUAACCAGAGUUCCCUGUUGGGUUCAACGUUGUUAGUUUAAAUCAAAGCAUGGCCUUCCAGAUGUUGAACUACAGCUCCCAUUAUCCCUGAUUACUGGCCAUGUUCUCUGGAACUGGUGGGAACUGGGGUCGAACAACAUCUGAAGGGCUUCAGUUCCCCCAUGCAUGGUUUAAACUCUGGUUAGUGAGCAAGCAAAGAUAACGGGGGACAAAUUCAUUUGGUUCAUCUUUUAAGGCGAACUUCCCAAAUUUACAUUUUGCACGCCAAUAUGCAAACUAAAACACAGCUGUCAUUUGAAAUUAGCACUUCUCCAAAUUUUGCUGUUCAAAUUUCCAACCAAAUAAUGCGUACAAAAAUGUAUAUAUUAGUAAAAGUAAUGUACAAAAAUGGAUUCUGUUAGGGUAUUUUGCAUUGCAAAAAUCACACACAAAAAUGCAACGCAAAAUACAUAUCACAUUUGUCAAAACUGUAUAAAUAGUGCAUAUAUUAGGAGAUAUAUACACAAAAAUGCAUAUGAAGUUCUAUGUGGAUGCUCUUUAAAAUACAGAGAGGGAAGAGAAUGGAAAGAUUCCUCCGAUACUCAAUAUCUCUCAACCAGAACUUUGUUCUGUACUAUGGAAAUGACAAUAUUUGCCUACUUUUCAAAGCUGCUGAAAGAAAUAUUAUCUGCAAUAUGCAUUUAAAGCAGUGUUGUUCCAUUUUAAAGAACCACAACAAACCACACUGCCCAGGAUUCUCUGCAGGAAACCAUGAUUGUUUAAAUAGUGGUAUCAUAGUGCUUAAAGAUAUAUAGAUAUAUAGAUAUAUAAAUAUAUAGUGCAGACAGAGCUUGGGUUGGCUUGCUGGAAUAAGAACCCUUAAGGUUGAUUCUUGUUAGCUUCUAUCAAUAGGACAAAGUAAAUAGUUUGUAGUAGGGCACACGGUAGAGAAGGGGAACCAUUGCUCUUCAUCUCAGACACUGGGGAUUCCACUGGUGAGUCCCUUUACUUUCCUCCAGGUAAGUCUACAGUUGUCAAUCACAACAAUGCAGGGACACUGUGACGAGAAAUCUGCCUUCCACUCCUGACCCCAAAUGGCCUAGCCUUAACUGACAUGGGUCCUGAAGCGGAGGGUCAGUGCCCUGAGUGGCUCCACAACGGAGAGGACCCUCAGCAAAGUGCCCCACACCAGCGCCACAGGCAUAUUUGUUAGUGGCGAUAGCAGCAUUCUCACUGAACCACCCUGACCUGGCCACAGUGAUCCAUGCGAUGGGCACCUCCAGGCUUGACUACUGUAAUUCGCUCUACGCGGGGCUGCCCUUGAAGCUGACCCAGAAACUCCAGCGGGUGCAGAAUGGUGCAGCGAGGCUCCUCACAGGGUCUCUGCCAUGGGAGCAUAUUCAUCCAGUGCUUUUCAAGCUGCACUGGCUCCCGGUGGAGUACAGGGUCAGAUUUAAGGUUCUGGUUUUGACCUUUAAAGCCCUUCACGGCUUAGGACCCUCGUACCUACAGGACCGCCUCUCCCGGUAUGCCCCACGGAGAGCCUCAAGGUCCAUAAAUAGCAACACCCUAGUGGUCCCGGGCCCUAAGGAAGUUAGAUUAGCUUCAACCAGAGCCAGGGCCUUUUCAACUCUGGCUCCGGCCUGGUGGAACGCUCUGCCUCAUGAGACCAGGGCCCUGCAGGAUCUGAUUUCUUUCCACAGGGUCUGAAAGAUAGAGUUGUUCUGCCUGGCCUUUGGCCUGGAGCCCAUUUGAUUCCCUCCCCCUCCUUUUUCCUUUUUUCCUUUCUCCUCCUGUGAUGAGGCUGCAUUUUAAUAUUUUAAUGUUUCAAUAUUUUAAUGUAUUUUAAUCUUGUUUUUAAGUUGUAUUCAUUCAACUUGUUUUUAUUAUUGCUUGUUAGCCGCUCUGAGCCCAGCCUUGGCUGGGGAGGGCGGGGUAUAAAUAAAAAUUUUUAUUAUUAUUAUUAUUAUUAUUAUUAUUUAAAGUUCCCACAAUGCUCUAGAGCAGAGAUGGCCAACACCAUGCCCUCCAGCUGUUGUUAGACUGCAUCAUCCCUGACCAUGCUGGUUGAGGCUGAUGGGCAUUGUAGCCGAACAACAUCUGGAGAGCACAACAUUGACUACCCUUGCCCCACAGCAUUGAAGAAAGUUUAAAUGGUAGCUUCCAGAUCUAACCAUUUGGGGUGAGGUCAGGGUGCUGGGGUCUUGGGAGCUGCUCAGGAACGCUGUGUGCUGACACUGGGCCUGUGCUUCUGCGAGCAAAGUCCUUGCAAUAUACAGGUCCUCCUUAUUUCCCCCAUCAGUUGUUCUAAGGAUUGGCAUUUUGCUAGCAUUUAAUAAUGCACCCCUAAAGUGCAAGUAGAUAAAUAGGAGACUUCCGGGUCAGCGCCAUUGGUGAAUGGCGGAGUUCCUCCGACCGGAGGAACGGGCUCCGUGAAAACUGGGUCUUCCUGCUGCGGUGAAGGUGGGGACCUGCUAGAAAUACCAGGCGGAGGAAGCCUGGGAACGUGGGGUUCGGCAGGGCACCAGAAGCGCCCCCCUACUUGCGGGGAAUCGCAUCUGGGGGCUUCGGAGCGAAGUGGGGUGAGAAGCGCGGUGCUACGAACUGACUGCUACUUUCACAGAGUGAAGCCGCACAGCCAUUGCCAGAGAGCGCUGACUUUUUCCUGUGGACAAUUGGACUUAAAACAAGUACCCGUGAGUAGAAACGGAAAAUUGGAUCAAGAAAUUGUUUUAAUUUGGUAACGAAGCGGGAAGGUGUAAACAGGAAGUCCGCCUUCCGUUUCCUUGUAUAUAGACUAAAGCAAAAAUUUUGCAAGCUAAAGCCGGGAAGCUGUCAAAAAAGGACUAAAUUUCCUUCAUUUAGAACCACUGAAACCCCCCCUUGGAAGCAGGAGAAAAGGGGGGGGGACUCUGUUUAAUUCUAGCAGGAGAGGGAGUGAAGAAGUAUAAGUUUCCAUCGUCUCUAACCUGGGAACGGGGUGUCAGAGACAGAAACUGUUGCUGAGGUUCAUUGAUGGUGAACGUAACACUUUGACAGAUAGCCAAUGAAGAGAAACAAGUUGAUUCUAAUGUUGCCUUUUGCAUCUUAAAGAAACAAAAUAUCUGAAAAACGUCUGAAAUAUCUGAAAAGUGAAAGUAACUUUCCUUUGUCUUAAAAAAAAAAUGGCUACAAGUAAAUUGUCUCCUCUAGAGGGAGCUUGCUAAAUUGUUGCUGCAGCAUAUUUGAGACCCAACAUCUGUGAGAUUAAGACUGUGGGAACAGACUUUUUCGACCUUGAACAAAGAUGAGCUGGGAGAAAGACUGGCUGCUUGCUCUUUGCAAGACAAAUGCUCUGUUGGAACAGAUGCAUGAAAAGAUGGAUUUGAUGAAUGAGAAAUUGGACUUGACUGUUGUGGUUAAUAACAUUGAUACAGAAAUCAUCCAAGAACCAACCUAUCAACCUGUACUGACUGGGCAAGUGCAGUUGACAAUAGAGGAGGAUGUGGCUGCACCUCAAAUAGUACAAAUGGAGAGACCCGAGGUCCUACAGGAGCAUGAGCCACUGUUAUUGAAGAUUGAAGCUGGAGUGGGCCAAGGGGAGUCUGGAGAUGAGGAGACUUCUAGCUUUGGAGAGACUCUGAAAUUUGAUUUUAAAUUUAUUUUGGACUACAUUGCGGACUGUGGGGAGUGGGACUGUGGGGAAUGGGUGAGCUGGAUCAAGGGUGAUGGAGACAAUUCUUGGUUGGAAUCCCCCAGAGACCUACCCCCCAAUGAGAAAGGAAAGAAACUAAGACAGAGACCAACAAGAGACAAGGAAAAGUGCAAGUACAAACAAGAUGAAGAAGAAUUGCAGAAGGGACAUGGAAGAGAUUUAAGGGCCUCGGACAUAAGGCUUCCAGGUUGAUGGACUAGAUGGAAUGGACAAUAAGGACAACAAGGACUGACAUGACCUGAGACCAGGAAGAAGAGACGCUGGAUGAUGAUUGGAAGAGAAUUUAUAAUGGAAACUUUUUUAUUUUAGAAUUAGCUAAUGAAUAUUAGGGAAAAUGUGGGAAUGAAACUAUACGACUCUAGCAGAAAUGAUUUUAGGAGUUAUGAAUAUUUGAAAUUUAAGAUCUAAGUUUUAAGGCAUUUAGGGGUAAGAUAAGGUUAAAUAAAUUAAGGUAAUCUGAAUAAUAGAACAUGGGGAAAGAUGGUAAGGAUUUGUUGAGUUAUUUAUUAGGUUAAAUUGUUAAGAUAAAUUUUAUAACAAAAAUUGAGAAAGAUGGAAAGAAUUUGCUGAAAUAAUUACUAAACUAGAAUACAAAAACAGAGGUGUGAGGAGGUCAAUGAAACAAGCAAAUGGAAAUUAUGGAUAUGCAAUUUGGGAUUUGUGUUUUCCCCCCCUCUUUUUUCUCUUUUUUAUAUUUUGUGCUUUUCUCCUUUUUUAUUGUCUCCUUUUUUCCCCUUUUUUUGUAUUGUAGUGUUGUUUACUAUUUUUAUUUUUCUUGUAAUCUUGAAAUUAUCAAUAAAUAUUAUUUCUUUUUAAAAAAAAAGAUAAAUAGGUACCGCUUUCUAGCGGGAAGGUAAACGGCGUUUCCGUGUGCUGCGCUGGUGCAGGCUCGCCAGAGCAGCUUAGUCACGCUGGCCACGUGACCCGGAAGUGUCUGCGGACGGCGCCGGCUCCCGGCCUCUUAAGUGAGAUGGGCGCACAACCCUAGAGUCGGACACGACUGGCCCGUACGGGCAGGGGUACCUUUACCUUUUUAAAUAAUGGAUUGGACAAAAGGUUAGUGAGCAGACAUGGAGCAACAUUAAUUUGAGUGAUUGACUUAAUGCAGUCAACUGCUUUCUGCUCUGCCUGGCACACACAGUUGGUUUGGUGGUGGUUGCUUUUAAUUCACCAGUUGCUACAUGAUGAAAGACUUACAGGGAAGGUGGCAGGCAAGAUUUUUAUGUACUAUUCUAAGCCUGCUAAAUAUAGGAGUUCCCAUCAUUCAGAAAUGGUUACUUUUUAAACAGAAAGGAAACCGGAAUCCUUAAAAGAAAUGUUUUGAUUGUUGUACAGGACUGUUGUGAACAUUUUCAAACAUUUUUAUCCCUCAAAAAUUUUAAACCAUGUUCUCAUUUUUCAGUUUUGAUUAAAAUUAUAAUUAUUUGGCAUACUCAGAAUAAGGGGGGGGUUUACUUUAUAAUUAAAAUCAUGUGUAUGGUUCAGUUUAAGUCACACCAAGUGCUUGAUAAAUCCAUUCUAGAAAAUCCAAUUGUUCAAUAUAAAACUCCACCACAUUAGGCAUCUGUGGGUCUAAUUUCUACUAGUCUAGAAAAUUCUGCUUUGUACUUAACAGUGUAUAUGCUACUCAGUUCUCAUUGACAAUGUGUGCACAUUUCCCAGCAUUAGUUGCAAAAGGUGCAUGUUGACUGGGCAACAUACAAAAAACCCUGUCCAUGUUUUCAUUGUGCAAACUUUCCAUGCAUUCCUGAGCAUGUGCCCAAUCCAUCCAUAUAUAUGCACAUUCUCCACUCAGCUCAUGCUAACCACAAACAUAUAUCAGGUUUUUGUGUGCGAUAAAGUGCUUGCUGUUUUGAGAAUAUACCAAGCAAUUGCCUGUCUCCCAUUCACUCAAAUUGUUGUGCUGUUUUUAAUAGGUUUUAAGACUUUCAUGAGUGUAAAGAUUUCUACAAGAUUAGAAUGCUGGAUCUUUCAUAUGCAAUAUAGUCUAAAUGAUAUUGUAAACCAGACUGAAUUAUUGAAGUCUGAAGGCAAAUUGUGUAAUUCAGAGCUGCUGGUUUUUAGCUUGCAAAUGCAGUUUAGCCUUUCACUAAUUUUCUAAAGGCCUUUUUGUAUGUGAAACCAAAGAUAAGCAUACCCCCCCCCAAUGUAACGUUAGCUGGGCUUUAAUUGGGUUAAAUCCGUCUUCAGAACAUGUUUGUGGAUAGUUAGACACAUUAAGAAGCCAGGCUUGAGUGCAGUUUCCUGUUCUGGGUACACCCAGUUCCAAACCAAGGUUUGCUUUGCAUAAUGUGUGGAAUGGCCCUCUGUACUUUAGAUGGCAUGUCACAAUAAAAACGUGUGAAUUUUUGAUACCUAAAUGCAAACUUGUGUGUGUGUUUGCACUGUCAAUUAAAUCUAUUCUAAAAUGUUAACAUAUCAAAAUAGUUCUGGUGGGACAUCUUGUCAUACUCCAAGUUACUGGCACAUAGCUUGUUUUCUAGGACACCACGAUCCUUUUGUUCAUCUAAUGUAAAAUCACAUUCCUCUUGUUCUCUGUCAAAUGUUAAAUAUACAGGGCUUUACCCAGUAGUCUAGUGGCUUCUCCUAAGUCUCCUUCCUUCAUGGACCCUUUUGGACACUAGCUUGUAAGGAAUACUAAGUCAUGUGCAGUCUCUCUUUCCGGGCAGGUUUUUUAUAUGAUAAUUUGGCAAAAGGUGCUAUGAUUGGCUUGGAAGGCGGGAGCUUGGAGGAAAGUAGGCCAGUCUGUGGGAAACAAGCCAUAAGUAUUUUAAGGAGAAACAAGAGUCCUUUACAGGAGGGUUGGGUAGAGAAUAGAUUAGGAUCUACUGGUAGAUCUUGUAGCUUGAUUUGCAUUAGAUCAGAAAGGUUUCUGAAGUUUAAUUGUUCAACAGUAGCGACUGAAGAAAGGCAACGUCCUCCCUUCUAAAUAAGGGCUGCUAAAUCUUCAUUUUGAAUUAUGGUGCUGGAGGAGACUCUUGAGAGUCCCAUGGACUGCAAGAAGAUCAAACCUAUCCAUUCUUAAGGAAAUCAGCCCAGAGUGCUCUCUGGAAGGACAGAUCCUGAAGCUGAGACUCCAAUACUUUGGCCACCUCAUGAGAAGAGAAGACUCCCUGGAAAAGACCCUGAUGUUGGGAAAGAUUGAGGGCACAAGGAGAAGGGGACGACAGAGGACGAGAUGGUUGGACGGUGUUCUCGAAGCUACCAGCAUCAGUUUGACCAAACUGCGGGAGGCAGUGGAAGACAGGAGUGCCUGGCGUGCUUUGGUCCAUGGGGUCACGCAGAGUCGGACACGACUAAAAGACUAAACAACAACAAAAAUCUUCAUUUGAGUUAGUAGAUUCUGUCAUAUAUUAAAAGUUUCUCAGCAGGUAUGAGCAGUCGGUCUCAGCCUUCUGACCUUCCAUUUUGCACGUCCCUCUGGUUCGUGGAAUUGAGAGUUUUAGUGAAACAAAAAAUAAUAAUCCCAUAAGCCCAAGGUCUGCCCAUUGCCUGCUGUGUGGGAUUGUACCACAUCAUAAUGCACAAGGAGGAUGAUAAAUAAGAAUGCACAUGGCAGCAGGGUGAGGGGAGGAACACUGCAUGUUAGAAUGUACCUACUUACAUAGUUGUCAACUUUUCCCUUUUCUUGCGAGGAAUCCUAUUCGGAAUAAGGGAAUUUCCCUUUAAAAAAGGGAAAAGUUGACAGCUAUGCCUACUUGUCCAAAGCUGUUUUUCACUCUGAAACUGAAAAUAUUCAAGGAAGAGCAGGUUAUAAAUACUUCAAAUAAAUAAUACUAAAGAAUUAGAGAAAUACUGAGUUGCCAGAGGCAGGUAGAUUUUGGUGUGGAGCAUUUGUCCAAUUUUUGCACCAAGCCUACAGUUAAAGUCAAGAGGCAUAGAAUCACCAGAAGGUUGUGUGCAUGCUUCAGCUUAUUCGAAACACCACUAUCCUCAAUAUAGUGUGUGCCUUGUGAGCGGGUUAAUGCAUUCUUGCAGAAUGUGGUGCUGUUCUUGAUGAUGUUGUUUUUCUCUGUUCUAAUUAGAUAUUUUCUGAUUAAAUGUUAUUUCACUGCAUAAACAUAAAAAGGCUAAACAUGAUAUGUUGUAUAACCCACCACUGAUAAACAUCCCCUGCUCAUAUUCUGCCAAUCUGGAAUUAAUAGUUGCCAACUGAUAUGAACAUCCGGAUUGCAUUUUCAAGGAGGGGGUAAGAGUUUGGAGAACCAGCAAUUCUGUGUAGUGCUUGAAGUACUCUGGGAGCAUCUGGGAGUCUACAAGCCCCAUGCCACGAUUUCUCCACCCAUAGCCUUCUAAAACAGGAGCUAAGGGGAUGUCACAAAAAGUAACGAGGUUGGGUCCUCUCUAGCCCCAUUGUAGUUUGAGCAUUACUUCUGCACCCCGGCAGGGCACUCAGUUAUAUUUUGUUAUUGGUUGUUUUAAGUGGUACUUGGUACCAAUUUGGACUGGUAGGGUGGAGGGCAGAUAGCCUAGCAGCAGGUGGAGCGAAAACCGAGGCUAGACAAAGCCAACAGUUUUCCAGCUUUGCCCCCAUCCUCCUCCCUGUGGAGUUCUGCAAGGGAAGCAUUGAGAGUAAGGAGGAAGAGGAAAAAUGUAUAAGACAGGUACAAACAUCUGCUGGAAAUGUAAAGAAAAAGAAGUCACCUUUUAUCAUAUGUGGUGGCCCUGUAAGGUAAUAAAAGCAUUCUGAGAAAUGAUAUAUAAAGAAUUGAAAAAAAUGUUUGAAAUAGUUUUUAAUUUAAAAUGCCAGAGGCUUUUCUAUUAGGAAUUGUAGGUGCUGAAAUUCCAAGGGAGCAGAAAAGACUUUUUCUGUAUGCGACGACAGCUGCAUGGAUGUUGUUAGCCCACAGAUGAAAAGAAGAUAAAGUCCCUACCAGAGAAGAAUGGCAAAUUAAACUGUUGGACUAUGCCAAAAUGGCGAAGCUAACUGGAAAGCUCAGGAACCAGGAAGACCAAAACUUUAAUCAGAAAUGGGAAAAAUUAUAGUUAAUCUUGGAGACCACUGUAAGCAGCUGAAAAUACUAGGAUUGCAAUAACACUUGUAAUGUAACGAGAGCUGUAGACUUUUACAAUGGAGUUGUAAAAAACAUGGAAUAUUGAAAAAAGAUGCAGUAGAAAAGGUUUAACAACAGAACCCAUGGAGGGGAAGGUGGGAAGUCUAGAGAUUCGGAGGAAUCUUUUAAUUGUGAAUGUGUAGUGGUAUUAUUAUAAUUUUAUAUUUGUAAAACCAAAUAAUUUUUUUUUGUGGGGGGGAGAGUGAGAGGAGGAAGCUGAGAGGCAGCAGCACCUCUGGACUGGCUGUAAGUAAGAAGGGAGGGUGGUGGGGCUGGCUAAGGUUGAUGGGGCAGUGCCCCACUUGCUGCAAUGGACUAACCUCCACUGGUUGUUUGGUUUAACACACUUAUACCUCACUGCUCAGAACAGGCGACACCACUUUCCCAAGUGGUUUUCCACUCAUGCGGUUUAUAGGACUAGACCUGCUUAGCUGCAACAUGUGCCUUCAGACCAUGAUCUGGAUUUCGCGGGAAGCAGCCUUUAAUUAGCAGGGCACUUGCGUUUUUAGACAACGGGAGGUUAAAGAUAGACGCUGCAUUGUUGGGGGUAAUGGCUGAACUUGUCUGUUUGUACAGUAGUCUAUUAUCAGGAUGCAUGUUCAAAGUGAGCUAUAUAAGGGGUGUUUGAGCCGUUUCUGUUUGCAUAAUUAAAGAAAAGCAAGUUUGUUUAUACUCGUCUCCAAGGCAGCUAAUCUCUGAUGUAGCUAACAGACAUGAUCAGUGCUAUUUUUCUAAAAACAGAGGCGCCAGAACUCAACAUGAACACCUCCCUUGUUCUCUUAUAAUGGCAAUUGCGCCCACCUGAGAGGUGCUGGAACUGAGUUCCGGCAAGGUCUGGCUGGAAAAAAAGCCCUGGACAUGAUUGAGAAGAAAUGUCGAGAAGGCCCAGGGUAUUAGAGCCAACAAGCAGACUGGUUGUUACAAAAGAAGUUAGGAGUAAAGAACUGACAGAAGCCACUAAUGUGAGGGCCUUAUAUCUUUAGUUUAGAAUAUACUAUCACAUCUACUGUCUGCCAAAACAGGAGCAGACUGUGGCCGACGGGCAUAAUACACUCUUCUCAUGUGGUAUUUUUUUUUUUUUUAAAAGGUCAAUUAUAUGGUGAUUUGCUUCUGAUAACAGGCCGGGAUAGCGGGAAUGAGUAGUGUGAUAAAAGGAUGGUUUUUUUAAAAAAAACCAAACAUGUGCAGGCAGUUACUACAUGGUAAAGGAAGUAUGUCAAAUCCCACAGAUAUUGUCUGAAUAGAAUACUCUGAGGUAAAGUCAUGGUUUAAGAGUGAUAAUACUGCACAGAUGUUAUGUUUAUCCUUUUGUGGUUGUUAGCGCCACAUGGCGAAACAGCAUUUAGAAGGCUCCAGAGAGGCCACUUAUGAGAAGACAUGGUCCAUCUCUUUUAACAGUUUGAUUUUUUUCCCAAGGGGUUUCCACAUGAUGUGAUUUUUUUCCCCACAGGGACCAUGGCAGUGGUUGCUACCGUUCUGAGAACAUUCCAGAUGGGGUUACCCCAGCGAGUGUUUGCAUGUGGGGUGGCGUUGUGGUUUCUCAGCAUCCUGACUGUUAAAUCGAGCUUCUGGGAAAUGGUGAUACUUUUCCCCACCUGCCCCCACCUCAGCAAGCACAUCCACCAUGACGGUUGUGUUGUGUUGUGUUGUGUGGAGUGUAGCUAAAUCCCGACAAGGCAAAUUUAGCAAGGAAACCCACAAAGCCCUUUCAUGACACCCCUCCCCCAACACAGAUAAUGGAAAAAAAAUAUUUUCGUAUUGUGUAGUAAUCCAGUGUUGUAGUGCACUUCCCAUGUGAUUUUUUAAAAAUUAUAAACAUAAAAUAUACAGUCAUGGUUAUACAUUCUAAAACAUCACUUCUUACAGCUAAGACUAAGUGUAAUUUGGCUAAAUUGGGAUGGUUGUUUAAGGCUUUCUUGUCCCCCACGGCCAUUACGCACUGGAUUUAGAACUAAAAAAAUCCUGACUUGCUUCAAGCCAGAGUUCAUAGUUACAUCUGAACCAGGGAACUGUGGCUUAAUGUCAAUUAACAACCAGAAAAAUAAUUCAGGAUGUCUAGCUUGGCUAUGAAGACCUCAUCUUAGUCUUCUGAAGCCAGACAUUUUACAGCCAGUAGUAACACAGGUUUCAAAAUCUGCAGUCUGUGUUUAUCUCAGGUGUACACUUUUGUCAUUUUUUUUUCUCAUGGAGGUGGAAGGUAAAUUGAUAAAAACAACUUUUCCCUGCAAAUCUGUGCUUUAAUUUUCUGUCACCUCUUUAAAGCCAUAGUGAAUUUUCCCUUUGCCAAUGCAUAGAUUUUCUUCAGAAGUAAGUAUCAGUGAAUCCCUGUUGUUGCACCGUAUUCCUGUAAGUAUUGCUGUGCUGAGAAAGAGAAUCAGCAUCAGCUUUUGCAACAAGAAUUUUGCUCACUGAGUACAUUCACUUAUUGGGAUAUCUCAGUGGGUAUGUCUGAGAUAUGAACCUAAUUGCCUCCUGUGUGUAUGUCCAAUUCCUUCCACGAUAGUCUUCCACUUACUUGAGUGAAAGUUUUGUAUUUUUGCACAAGCUGUUUCUUUCUUACUGCAUCCAUCAUUGUUCUGCUGCUAUCAGUAGAAAGACUCUGAAGCCAUAGGCACAGGUCUGUUCAAUUUCAGAGUCUAACAGUCCAUUAUAUCAAGGGAGACCUUGGGCUAUCUUGUGGCAAAGUUCUCCUGGAUCUGCUAGUUCAUCCUUGGUGGUCCUGCCAAUCUUCCCAUUUGUGCAAAAAUAAUAAUAAUGAACAAAUGCUUGCAGCUCUAGUAGAGAAUGCACACCCAUCACUUGCAAAUGGGACUUUUGGCAGACUGGGACCAGCAAGGACCAAAAGCUCAUCACAAGAGCAGAGAAGAAGAUGGGGAGAAUUGCACUGCUAAAUGCUAACAUGCUAGUUCUUGGGCUGAUUCCACUGAAUGGGUUCCGUGAUGCAAGUUUCGUUUUCUCAAGUGAUAGCUGAGUUCAAGUAGCAGUUCCUCAUAGGAUGAGAAGUUACAUAAGAUAGGAAAUGCCUGUAUUUUGAGUUCUGUUAAGCAGUUUCUAGAAAUCAGCAACCAAUCUCCAGCUGUUGCUUGAAGCUACUGUGGCAAAGGCUGCAAUACACAUGAAAGGUUUCCUGCAUUGCUUAUGCAUUGAAUGCACAGUAUUCAACCUGGUAUGGGUACUAUGGAAAAGUCAUCAAAAUUUCAGGGGGAAUGUACGCAUAGAGAGAAUUCACAUGGGAUAAUCUUGUGGGACUGUACCACUUAAGAUUGCCCAUAGGCCUGUAGGGAGGGCCUCAUAUUUCAAUAUACAGGUACCGUAUUUUUCGCUCUAUAGGACGCACCCGACCAUAGGACAUACCUUGUUUUAGAGGGGGAGAACAAGAAAAAAAUUCUCCCCCUCUCUGCUCAGCACCCCUUUAGCAAAGCGGCAGGAGAAACAGAGCCCCUUCCAUUUCUCCUCCCGCUUCGCUGAAGGGGUGCUGUGCAGCUCUCCCUCUUUGCUGAAGCCGGGAGAGUCUUGCUCUCCCGGCUUCAGCAAAAGGAACCCAAAGCCUUUGGAGCGCAGCACGAGGUCCCGCUGCGCUCCAAAGGCUUCAGGGAUAGCCACUGCGCUCCAAAGGCUUUAGGCGGCUAUCCCUGAAGCCUGGAGAGCGAGAGGAGUCGGUGCGCACCAACCCCUCUCGCUCUCCAGGCUUCAGCGAAAGCAACGCGUAGCCUCCGGAGCGUGGAGGGAGUGCUCCCUCUGCACUUUGGAGGCUUCACAUUGCUAUCGCUGAAGCCAAGGAGCCUGCAUUCGCUCCAUAGGACGCACACACAUUUCCCCUUAAUUUUUGUAGGGGAAAAAGUGCGUCCUAUAGAGCGAAAAAUACAGUACCUUUGUUUGCUAUGGAAAAGGAGAUGUUGGAAAUAAGGUAGAACCCUGUUUUGUGUGUCAUGCUUUUUUUCUAUAUGCAGAGAUUUAGGGGUGGGGGAGUUAGUUCAUUUUACCCGGGGCAAUGUUCAUGCAUAUGGACCUUACCAACUGCUGUUUGAAGUGGUGCAGUCCCAUGAAGGAUUUUAUUUUAUUUUAUUCUGUUUUCAGCCUUCAGCUUUCAUUUUGUUUUUUAAAAACGGCUUCAGAAACUUCAGCUGAAUGCUACAGCCAGAUUAUUGAUCAGAACUUGGGUUUAGGAAGCAUAUGACUCCCAUUUUACAACUUCAUUAUCUACUGGUUCUGUUCCGAACCCAAAUAAAAGUGGUGGUUAUGUCUUGUAAAGCAGUAAAUGGUUGGGGGCUGCCUGCCUUCUUGAAUAUAAACCUGCCCAUGUUUUCAACUCUUUCCAAGAGACCUUUCUCUCUACCCAACCAACAUCAGAAAUGUGUUUGGUGGAAACUUGAGAAGUUUUCUCAGUUACUUCAUCAAGCUGUGCAGUUCCCUCCCUGUGGAGGCCUAACUAGCCUCCUCUCUGAUGUCUUUCCACUGGGAGGUAAAGGCCAUUUUUUAUAGACAGAAUUUUGCCCUGGCAAGCUGCUCUGAUUUUUCCGUUGCUGAUUUUAGUUAGCUUUAACUGCCCACUGCUUAACGUUUUCCUGUUUAUUGAUCCUAAAAAUAAAUGAAUCAUUCCCAUAGCUUUCAUGUUCAUGUCACACAGAAGACCACAAAAUUCUGCUCCCCCAUCAAGCAUUUUCAGAGCAGUCGUUAGCCAUUUUACCAUAUACUCUGCUCACUGUUAACUGUGUCACCCUCAGAACAGAAACUGAUAUUUUGCUAAGGCCAAAGUUAGCACAAAUACUUAACAGCUGAUUAGCAUGGCAAUCUUUGCCCCUUGGAUAUUUAACAUGCAAAUAGGUUUGAGACGAGAACUAGGAUUGCCAUCAUGUAGCCCCCCAUGCAGCAAGUUUACUUGGGGGAAAUGUCCAAAUAAAUUUGCAUAUUUAAUGGGUUUAUGCAACAUAUUUCACUGGGUCUAUGCAACAAUGGAGAGGGGAGGGGGGGAAAUCCAUUUUUAAAGCAUUUAAGUAAGUAAAAUGUUGCAACCUUUUAUUAUUACCUUUAAAUAUAUGUAGAGGUGGAUAUAGAGCAGAAAUCUUGAUGCUGAAAAUAGUAAAAUAAUGUGCCACGUCUCUCCAGUUACUAAAAAGGGAUUAGAACUAUGUAAUUCACCAUUAGUAUUUUGAGUUUACCCCCAAAGAGCAUUCAAGUAAGAACAGUCACCUUUUGUCUUUUUAUUAAAAACAUCUGUUUAAUCUGGACCACCAAUAACGGGCCUCCAGCUCCGCUUGGAAGUCUCCUGGAAGGUUUAUUCACAUCAAACUCUGUGCAUAUUUUCAAGUUUGUUAAUCCCUUUUUGACAGCUCUGUCCUCUCAACUUGGAGUUUAUGAGGGAAUUUACAUGGCUUAAGGAGCACUGUGAGUAGAGUCUUAUCAGUUUUCACUGCAUUUGCAAGCUAUUCGCCCUGAUUAGGGUGCUCUAAGCUCACAUUUUACAGCUUCGUCUGUUUCCAGUGCCGUUAUGGAAACUGAACAAGUGGGCAGGCGUGCCCACAUUCUUCAUUUCCAAAUGCAAUGAGUUACGGGCUUUAUCUCACAGCCAUGCCCUGGUUAAUGUCAUUUCUUUGGUAAUUAUCUAGCUUAAGGCCCCAUGAAGCUGUGUAACCCUGCUGGAAGGAAUACACACACACACAUUCUUCCCUCUCCUUCCCCCCCCCCAUGCUUGUGCUCCCGUUACCCUAUACUUAGAACAGGGAUAGCCAAUAUGGUCCCCUCCAGAUGUUGUGGGGCUACAACUUCCCAAACGUGGGUCUCCAGCCAUUUUGGACUACAGAUUCUAUCAUCCCUUGCCAGCAGGACCAGUGCUCAGGAAUGAUGGGAAUUGUAGUCCAAGAACAGCUGGAAGCCCAAGUUUGGCAAACACUGGGCUACACUUCCCAUCAUUGCUGAUCAUGUGUCAGGGACUAAUGAGGAGUGGUGGGAGACACCAGCCAAGGAGGCUCCAAGGGAACCCCAGAGGAGGAAGGCUCAGAGCCAGGGGAUUGGUGAUGGGAAACUGAGGAGAGGUCAGAGGGAGAGGUUUGGGAGGAGGGACUGGAUGAUGAAUGGGCAACAGGGUUUAGUGAGCAGGGAGAGCCGGUGACAGGGAGCAGUUCAGACUCUGAGGCUGAAGCAGAGGAGCGGGGUCAAGAAGCUGCAGAAGAACCCGUGGAAUCUCCCUUUCCUGCUGCAAACUCCCCUCCCCCUGAUCUCCAAGAAUGCACAUAAUAAUGAGGAGGGCAGAACAGAGGUCAGAGGUGCGCAGAAGUAGUUUCAGACUGCUUAGGAAACAUCCAGGAGAGGAGACCGAGAAAGGGUAGAAGAAGGCAGGGACUUUCAAUCCUGGCAACUGCUCGAUAGGGGCAAUACAGUGGUACCUCGGGUUACAUACGCUUCAGGUUACAGAUGCUUCAGGUUACAGACUCUGCUAACCCAGAAAUAGUACCUCGGGUUGAGAACUUUGCUUCAGGAUGAGAACAGAAAUGAUGUUCUGGCAUUGCGGCAGCAGGAGGCCCCAUUAGCUAAAGUGGUGCUUCAGGUUAAGAACAGUUUCAGGUUAAGAACAGACCUCUGGAACGAAUUAAGUUCUUAACCCGAGGUACCACUGUACCUGCUGGGAUGGCAUUUCCUUGAAUAAAGAGUUAACCUCACUGACAAUGGAGCCCUGCUUCUUUCAUGCUGACCUGCAGCGGUGUAGGUAGCGCUCAGGUGCCUGGUGCAGCACGCGUGUCCCUCAGCCGGGGGCGGGGUGAGCUGCAUGAAGCCUCUCCACCGCCUCCCCCUCAGUUGUGGGGCAGCUGAGGGAGAGGCGGUGGGCAGACGCAAGCCCCACGCUGCUGUUUCAGGCAGCUCAGAGCCUGCAGGUGCCCAAGCCAAAACGUCACUCCCAGGAGAGACGCGUGGCUCAGGCACGGUGCAGACCCUGUGGUAAGUACCGGCCUCCGCAGUGUGACGCCCAGUGCCAGCCGCAUUUCGUAACAUUUCUUGACCGAACUAAAAAGUUUCGUGAGCCCAUUCAAAAAAACAAACAAAAAAACCUCCUAUUUUUGUCACCCCCCUCAGUGAUGAUACCCGGGGUGGUCCACACCCACCGCACUCCCCUUCCCCUGCCACUGCUGACCUGCACCUGUCUCCAGCCCUGACACCAUGUUUCUGAGGCUAAUACAAGUUUAGCUACGUAUAUCUGAGUGGCACUAGCAUUUCAAUGGUCUUGUUGUCUCCCUGGAGAUCUGAUGUAAGAUCAGUAGACUUUGGAUAUCUGUUGGAGUGUUUAAGCUGGGGGUAGGCAACGUGGUGCCCUCCAGAUGUUGUUGGACCACCACUCCAAUCAUCCCUGACUAUGACUAACUAUGAAACAAUUUCAGGGUCCUAUAUAGGUCCUACAUAAGGCACCAAAGAGAUAACCUGUUGGAUGCCAGCUUAUCUCCUCUUGAUAGCAGUAUCCUUCUGUGUGCUUCCAAUGCACUCUCCAAAUGUUGUUGGAAUCCCAUUUUGCAUCAGCCCCAGCCAUCAUGGCCAGUGGUCAGGGAUGAUGGAAGUUAUACUCCAGAAACAUCUAUAAGGUCACUGGUCUUGCAUUUAUGCUCUAAGGACACCUAAUGAAAUAAUGACACUCUGGGAAUUUACUGGGCUGCAUCUGCAUCCCAUAAUCUCCAUCCUGCUCUAGCAAUAUUUGAGGUGGACCUAAAGGUAUGCCUGUAUGGAUGUCUCAUGUACCUAAGGGAAGUGUCUAAAGGAAGUACAGAAAUUAGGAGGUGUACCUGGAGAUGUGAGGAUUGGUGGGAUCAGGAACCUAACCUGGGAAUCUUAGGGUGUAAAGCUGGGAUCCAGUUUUGUGAACUAUUGUGGCCUUCAGGUGCAGACACUUUCAAGGUUGGCAAUAUUGGGCCUGCAUUUGGCAAGCAGUAAUGUGCUCUUGGAUUGGCCAAGGUUGACAUAAAUUGACUACUUCUUUUAAAAAUAAAAAAUAUUUGGUUUUUCAGAUUAAAGUUUUACAGUCAAUUAUCCAAAAUACAACAUAAAAUCAAGAAUACAAAGAAUCUCCUGGACUUCCCUGCUCCCCUUUGUGGGUCCUAUUGUUAAUCAUUUCUUCCUGCAUCUUUUAUAAUAAUCCAAAUCUUUUACAUCUCCAUUAUGCCCAAAAUUCAACAUUAAACUACAAGUGUUAUUCCAAUCCUGCUAACGAUUUUAGCUGUUUACAAUGGUUUUUAAGAUAAAUUAUAAAUUUCCCCCACUCUUUAUUAACAUUUUGGUCUUCCUGAUUUCUGAUUCUUCCGGUCAUUUUUGCCAUUUGACCAAAUUGACCACUUUUCUUUGUCUGGUCAAUGAAGCAGACUCUUCUGCUUGCUGCUAUCUUCAGGCUCAAAUUCCCAUGCUACGUCAUUGAUAUCAGCUACCCAGAGUUGGGGAAUAUAUUAUCCAAGUUGAAAAUUGGGUACAGUUACCCAUAGAUAGCUCCAGCCUGGGGUAAGUGAAGAGAAGCAAAAAAGCAGCACUUUCUAAAUGCAGACAGCUUUGAAAAGCAUACUGUCUUUGUGAGCAUGCCAGAGGCAGAGCAAUCCUGGUGCAUAUCAGAGGAGAAGUUUACAAUUAGCAGUAAAAAAUAUAGAAUGCUUCAUCUGAGGGAAAGCAGGGAGAAGAAGACCUAAGUAUAGACUGACUGAUACCAAUGUAGAGAUGGAGUGGCUUGGUAUCAAAUGUUUAGUCAACUGGUAUGGAAUGUGUGGGAAACUAUAAAGACCUCAAAGGCAUAUCAACACCCCCUGCCAUUAGUUCAAUUGUAAAGAAUGUAUGAGGGAACAUCCUUGGUUUGUGUGCUGAGUUCUGUGUUUCCUCAGGUGGAGCUGGCUGAACUCUGCAGCAAGAGUGAACGCUACAUUGGCACAGAAGGUGGAGGCAUGGACCAAUCCAUCUGCUUUCUUGCGGAAAAGGGAACUGUACGUACUGUCUGAGCACGAACUCAGUAGCCAUUGUGUUACAACACAAGAAAGGGCUUUUAUUAACUGUGCUGAUGAAUGACGCACAAAUGGAGUUUAUUAUUUAUACCCCACCCCAGCAAAAUAUAAAAACAUUAAAAAAACCAAACAUAAAAACUUAACUUAACUUGGUUUUCUUUUUGCUGCUGGUUUAUGCUCACUGCUCCAAAUGGUAGGGUGGGGGGAGAGAGAGAGUCUGCAGGUAAAUGAUGUGUGAUUUAUUCAUCUUAACUGUUGUGCUGCCUACUAGUCAAAAUAAUUCUCUACUAUUUAUUUUUUUCUUUCCAUAGGCCAAGCUGAUACAGUUCAAUCCCCUUAGGGCUACUGAUGUGAGGCUUCCAGAGGGAGUAGCUUUCCUUAUUGCCAACAGUUGCGUUGAAAUGAACAAGGCAGCGACUUCUCAUUUUAAUAUUAGGGUGAUGGAGUGUCGUCUGGCUGCAAAGGUACUGCAUGGCUUUCAUCAAACCCUAAUGAAACCAUCAUCCAAAUAUGUGCUGGCUGCAACUCUUUCCACUCUACCAGUUGUUGCUUUAUUUUAACACCAGGUCAGGUGCUGCCUCAAAGGGCAUGUUUAUCUCUUCAGGGUCUGGAUUCAGGCCAUAUAUACAUGACGGAUGGAAGAGAGGGAUGGAAUUUAGCCCUUAAUGUGUGUGUUUCCAUUUGGGUAGCAUAGCACUAAAAAGGAGUCUGCCCAGGAAGGGCAAAAUAAAUUAUCUUUGUCAAAGCUGAUCUCACUUAAUGAGAGAGCGCAAUCUAAUUAAUCCCAGGAAUAUAAAACAAAAUGCUUUAAUAGCAAUGUAUUCAUUCUUAAAACAAGGAAAGGAAAUGGAAAUCCAUACAUUUAAAUUCAUGAAAUAGCAUUCCAUUUAUUUGUAUCUUAUUGAAGAUUGGAUUUUAUGCACCUGAUAAGCUGUAGAAAGUAGCACUCUCCUCAAGCUUGGGUUCAAAUUAUUCCAUGUGUUUCAUCCAAAGCAACCACUUUACCACAUACACAAGUUACAGCAAGCCUUACUCAGAGAAUUGGUUACCAACACACACCCACACACCCCACAAACACAUUUUCCUGUGAUGAAAGGUGGUAUACAAAUUUAAAAAAAUAAAAUAAAUCUUAUACACUCAGUUGAUUGUUGAGUGAGUCAGCAAGUUAUAAACUUACUUAAUGACAAGGUGACCUUCAGAGACUUUGCUCCUUGAGAAUCAUCUUACAUGUCUGUGGUCCAGUUCAGGCAUAACACUAAGCCAUUGUUUAGAGCAAAUCCCACUUUGCUCAGUUCAGGUGUCAUGGGAAAAUGUGGUUUAAUUCUAAAGUUAAAGCUUUCAAACUCCUUGUGCUCUCCAAGAAGAAUGAGAACAAGCCUUGUUCCCAUAACAUUAUGAUUGGUUAAAACAAACUGGGAUCGAAUCUUGGUUUGAUAUCCUAGUUUGUUAACUGGUCACCUUUACAGCAGAUAAGAGUAGUUCAAUCUGGGGAGAAGGGCAGGAUGUCUAACAGUUGAUUUAUAGCAACCUCACCAAACUACAAUCCCCAUGAUUCUUUUAGAGAAGCCAGAAUAGUUUAGCUACGAAACUGAUGUAGCCUAGGCCUUUGAUUCCCUCUUCCCUCUCUCUUAAUCGGCCUGCAGCGUGAUUGUGCUAACCAAAGAGAAGAGCCAGAAAAGAAGAGCAUAUCUUGGCAGCUGAGAAUUCGUUGGAAGAGAUUGUAGAUCCUUAACUGCCAGGAAAUGCCUUGUGUUAGAUUCACUGUUCUUGACAGCAGUGCAAUAGAGAGAUUUUUUCCCCCAUUUCUUUUUAAAAUCCACGUUAUAUUUUGCCAUUUCAUAUGGGUGCAUAUUUUCCCACUCAAGCUUACUUUAAGGUUAUUGAUGAGAGCUAGUAGAAGCCCUUUGUGAUGCACCCAUUGCUGGGCUGUACCAUUUGAGACAGGGGAGGAAUUCAAAUAUCUGAAUGCCUCCUCCACACGACGUACAUCUCACACAUUCUAAAUAGCACGUUAGAGAGAAAGUUAUAGGCUUGCUAAGCUUUUUUUUUUUUUAUGUGUGAGGCACAUUUCUUGUGGAGCAUUCAAACAUUCAGCAUAUACAGCCUAAAAUGAUGCAGCCCAACAACAGAUAACAUCACAUGUGGCUUUCGCUGAUCUAUUUUAGCUUUUAGUGGAAUGCAUUACAAUUGGAAAUAGCCCACAGUUUAUGGGGAGCAAACUGGUGACUUCCAAAGCUGAAGUCAAGAGUCAUUAGACCAGAUGUUCCGCUGGUUGGAUCUGUCUAGUUUUCCUAGGAAACCUGUCCGUUUACAGCCUUCUACGGGAGAUGACUGGCACAACAUUUGUGUUGGCUUCUGUGGUUCCUUUAAGUUACAAAGUUUAGGAUUCUGCAUUGUGAGGACAUUGCUGUAACUAUAAUUUAUUAUUAUAUAUAGUGGGUUUUCUCCCCCUUAAAAGGAGCUCAGGAUAGCAUAUAUGGUUCUUGCCCUGGCACAUGAAAGUACCUGGAACCUGUGUUCAUCAUGUGUAGUCAUUCUUCAUAUGUUGAGGAUGGCAACACCACAUCAGGUCUUCUCAGUGGUGGCUCCCCAGCUGUGGAAGACUCCCUAGAGUGUUGUGCCUGGUGCCAUCACUGUCCACCUUUGGUUGCCAGGUGAAGAUGCACAGGCAGUUAGCUCUUAGUUGGCGUUCAUCUUUUAGUUUAUUUUGUGAUGUAUUUUAAAUUUGGCAUUGCGUGCUUUUUUAAACAAGUUGUAAAUUGCUUUGAGACUUUUUUUAGUACAUGAAAUAGACUAAAUAAAUAAAUAAAUAAAUAUUAUAAUCAUAAUUUUCUCUUUCAAGCAAUUCUGUGAGGUUAAGAGACUGUGACUACCCCAAGUCACGUAAUGAGCUCCAGCACUGGGGAUAUGAGCCCAGAUUUUCAUUCAGGAUUCUAACCCCCUUUUACCACAUUGGCUGUCAACUUAGCUGCUCUUCAGUUUGACAUUAAGAUCACUAGAGAUAUUCAGAAACAUUGACGCUACAUUAAAAAAACCGAAACACAUCACUUUAAAAACAACCCUUCAUUGCCUCUGCAUAUGCUUGAGAGGGACAAUUUUAAUAGAAUGCUAAACUCUUUAAAAUGUUUGGCAAGGAAGUGCUGUCUUGGGUCCCUAGAAAAACCAACAGAUGUUAGAGAAAUAUAAUCGCUGUAACUGGGAUGCACGAAAGAAUUGUUUUUAGUCUCACUGACAAGAUGAGUAAAAACAAGGUCCCUUUAAUGCUUUGGCAUGAAUUAAUGCCUAAAUAUGUGUUCACUAUAAUGUCUGAAAAUGACUCUGAUUUUAAUAGUAGCAGACCCAUGUGAUAAGAACUAUAAACCUUACAAAGUACACUAGAUGGCACCAAAAGUAGUUCAUAAAAAACAACAACACCUGCAUGAAGGGAAUUAAAACAGGAAAAAAGGCAAGCUAAAAUUGAAAAAAGCAAUAGGAGGAAAGCAACACCUUUAACAGAAGUUUCCUUCUCAGUAAUUUUCUCUCUCAAAUGUAUAGUUUUAUUAAGAGAUUUCCAGUACAAGGACUCAUUCUCCUAGUGAAAUGAAAGCUAGGUGCAACCACAACAUGGCCUCUCCCAAAAACUUCAUUCACCUAAGUGUGGUUGUUGUUCCUUCCACUGUUUAUUUUAUUGGCUGUGGAGUGUAGAGCCCAAAACUGCAAAUAGGGUUACGUGUGUGUAGGUAGAUCCAGGUAGGGAGAAGUCCUUGAAAUACUGGGGUCCUCUUGAGGUACAUAAGUCUUUAUAGGCUAAAAACCAGCCCUAGGAAUUGAGCCAGUAAACUAAUUGGUACCCACUGCAGUGGUGGCAGAAUUGGUGUUACAUGCUUAGAUCGCAGAUCCUGAGGAGAGUGGAAAGUAGAGCAGAAGCAGGCACAGGGUAGUCGCCUUCACUACCCCCCCCCCCAAAUAAAAUCCUUCCUACACGGUCUUGUGCAUUGAAGAGGAUUCUCGAGAGCUUUUUAGGGCACAUAUUCAGUUCAUGCAGGGCAUUGACUAGGUCUUUGGAGCAUCACUGUCAGCCCAGAAGCACCAGGAGGAUGCUAGAAUGAGAUAUGAUUAGUAGCUGUGGGCAAAGAUGCUCUCCCUUGAAGUCUGUCCACUAAUACUCAUCAUUAAGGACAUUGAUGGGAGAGUGCUUUUAACCUCCUGUUCUAUUUGUCACCUGUUGUCUUGUUUCUCACCACUGUGAUAAAGGAAUGAACCCUUUUUAGAAACCUCCAACCUUUUUUGUUGAAAUUAUAGGGGUGAUUUCUCUUUUCACUCCCCAUGUUAAGGAAGGACAUCUGAAACUUUUAUAUUCAUUUCUUCAUGGCUUUCUUGUUCUCAACUAGGCUGCACUGGCAGCUUGCAAAUGUCAUAAUGCCAUACGAUUGAAUAUAUGAAGUGUGACAGCCCAAUUGGGCUACUUUAGAGUGGAUCUGAAUGCACUUUUAUCAAUGUAAUCUAGGACUGGGAGCAGACCGCAUUCUUCGCUUGAAAAAGACUCGAACCUCCUAUUAAAAUUUGCCCUGACAAAAAAAGCUCCUUCAUUUAGACACAGUUGUGGUUGAGAAUAUGUUUCUUCUUAAGAUAAAGUCAUAAUUAAAAAACCUGAAACAAACAAAUAAAGGACCCCUCAGGACAUUUGCAAUGAAAGGUUUCAUCACUGACAAUAUUUUUGCACCCUUGUCUUCAGGGAAAGUAACCACAAUCACUGCUCCAGUCUAGCAAGCGCUGGAUCACAGCCAGAAUUUAAUAUGACCCAGGGCUCACCAAGACUUCACUCCACAUCUUGCUUUCAGUGCCAGUAAAUGCCUUUGACCAUCUACAGUCUUUCAUUGCCACUGAAUAACCACAAUUAACCCCCAUACAUCUGAAAUCUAGGCCAGAUGGUCUUCAAGGCAGGCUUGAGGCCUAGUUUUUUUCUUUCCUUCCCCAGAUUAGUAACUAAGCCCUGAUAAUGACCCCUUCACCAUAUGUAUGUUUAUGUCAUUUCUCAUUAUUGGAAUCCUUAUAUCAUUUAUAUUUUUAUCUCCUCAGUGGUGUGGGGUGCUGGCAAAAUGCCCUCUGCUUUUGCACAGGUGUAGAGAGAGUGCUGUAAGAUGAGCAAGGAGAGUGGGUCUGGAAAUCUGUGGGGAUUCAUUUUUCGGGGAGGGGGGUAAAGUUUUUUUUAUUAUUCAAUUUUAUAAUGUAUAUGAAAAAUAACAACAAAAAUUUAAAAAUGAAGAAAAAAACCUAUAAAAUAGGCACACAGAAUGAGUAGCUGCAGAUAAAAUAACAAAGUCCAAGUGAAGACUAUUAAUUUUAUCGGAAUAUCAAGUAUAGUUCCAGAUUUGCCAGACUUGUGAUGAGGGUUGUCUUGAAAAUGAUGGUUCCGUUUUUAUGUUAUGAAGGAAUGUCAGAUCAUAUAAAAAGUGUCUGGAGGUUCUAGUCCUUGUCAAAAUCCCAAAUUAUGUGUGAUUUUCUCCAUUAUAGCUGUAUUCCAAAGAAUGGUACCAAGCAUCAAGUGUAAGAUUUUGGACUGUUUUCCACUGAGUUGCAAUUACUAUUUGCGCUGCCAAGAUCACAUAUAAGACGAAUACUUUUGAUAGUAUAUUUACAUUGCUGUUAUCAAAAAUAUUCACUAACAUUAAUUUUGGACAACAAACAAUAGUUUAUUUAGUAAUAUUUAUCAUUUCUGUUGUGGGGCUUCAUUUAAGCCAGGACUCUGUAGGGGUUAGCUCAAUAAUAUGUUUUCAGUGCUAGGGACUGGUCAGGGAAUAUGAGAAUACUGAAAACGGUGCCUCUGAACAUGCCCAGAGUGCAUUAUAAUUUCCUCAUUGUUGAAUAUUCACCCCUAGGCUAAGAUGAUAUUUCCUCCCUCCACAAAUACUUCUUUCUGUCUCUGUUAUGUCAAUAUUUGCCUUUGUACGCCUGCUGCCUAAAAAUGUUCUAAAGAUUUGACCCCCCCUUUAUUUUAGUUGCUAUACCCAAAAUUGUGCAAAAAAGGGGGAAAUUAACAAGCACAAGACCUAUUCAUUUGCUUCAUCUGCAUAAAUUUACAUUUUAAGGAAAUUGAAGUGAUUGAUUUAAGUGCUGUGCAUUUUCUACAAAAGGAGGGUGUUAUGGCUAAAAAUCUGUCUGGGAAUGAUGCUUCCCUCUGUACAUGGAAUUCUUCUGAAUCUUAGAUGAACAUAUGAAACAUCUUUAUUCUGCAUCAGACCACCAGUCUAUCUAGCCUGAUGUCAUCUGAUCUCCAGGGCUGCUCUCCAAGGUUUCAGGUGGCAGGAGGCAGGGUGCCUUUCCCAUCACCUGAUCACUUGGGCUGGAUGAUCCUGCAACCUUAUACGUGCAAAGAAUGUGAUCUGUCACUGAGCUGUGAUUCCCUCCCCCUUGGUGCAUGAGGUCUUGUUAUGAUUUUCCACAGUGGUGCACAUGCUCAGAGCCGCACACAUUAGUUCACAUAUUCUGGGCUGUAGAAUUUUCACUGAAAAUACAUCCCAGUGAUGUGGUCAUCAGACCUUGCAUCUCUCUUUUCAGAGUGCUUUCCUGUUUUUAUGUUGGAAGAGUAAUGAAAAAAUUGAAGGAAUUCAGCUGCACUUUUCUCAAAAGCAGAGCAGAAAUUUACACCCCACACAUCUUUGGGCGACCAGAACUACCCAUGAUUCCGCAAAAAAAUUUUUCAGUCUUGUCAGAUUGCUUUCGUGCAACAAAGUUGAACACUUGGGAAAGAUGAGGCUCAGCUGUCAGAACGAGAUCAAAGUUAACUAAUGCAGAAAUACUCUUUCCAGGAAUAGCCAGCCGUGUUCAGUUCAGUAUAUAUGAGCAGCUGUUUGAAUACCAGUUUAUGUGUCUUUGAGGGAGUGGUCUGUGCUGAACAUCAGGGCUCUUUAUGGUGACUGGUCCACUAUAAUGGCAAUUAAAUGUCGAAGAUUAACCACAGAUCACCACAAGAUUGCCCCAAGACAUUUUGGUGCAUGAGGCAGAAAAUCACAAGCAACACCUCCCUCCCACUACUUAACACGGGGCUCAAUCCAAUGGGAAGAUCUCCUGCUCUGCGGUUCUUCUCAAUGUCCCAAUUAAUUCUAGUGCCUUUUGAAGAGGAGUUGUUCUUGGUGGACUGUGCCCUAGAGAGUCUAGUCUGGGUGUUUCUGUUGCCCCUAAAACCCAUCAUUCUGGAAGUGGCUGUUUCACUUAUCUUGUGGUAAGUUCACACCAUACCACUUCCUGGAUUAGUUUCCAUCUGGACAGCCUAAGAAUCAAACCAAGUUUGUUUUAAGCAGAACUUCUGGCUGUUUUUAGGCUUUAUGUGCCAGAAAAUCUCCAGGACAUGGUGAUUAUGUGGCUUUAUAAAAGUCAUUUUUUGUGUAUGUGCACAGCUUCGGAUCUCAGUAUGUAAAGGGGAAACAUUUCCUGUAUAUGCCUCCCUUAGGAUAAGCAGAGUCCUUUUAUGAGUGUCCUCUCCCUCUGAAGUAUGCAGGUUGGCAAUGAGAGUUGAGGUAUUGUCAGUGCUGGUUCCUGUGAUGUAAAACACUCUCCCUAGAGAGGCCCAUCUGACACCAACAGUAACUCCUUUUCAGCGCCGUGCAAAGAGCUUCUUUGCCUUUUAGCCUGGUUCCCUGUAACAUCACUUCACCUGAGAGAGCCGCCAGAAGACCCUUGGAACUGGACCUCAGUGUCUGGGCUGAACAAUGGGGCUUUCUUCACAUUUAAUCUUUUUCCUUGAUAUAUAAAGUGACUUUAUUACAUUUUGCAAGGUGCUAUGGUUUAACGUACUUAUCCCCUUAAGUGGGAAGAGUCUGCUAUAUUUUCCAAUUCUUUAAAUUAAUCUUGCUGCCAAUAUCAUGUUAAAAAUUAUGCUGUUCUUUGUGCUUUUCAAAGAGUUUUCUCUUAAAGAAAAAAUAGCUUGUAAGGGUUUUUGAGGAAAUGUUUUGUAUUAACUUCAAACUGCUAAGAUGUCUAUGCAUUGUUUGUUGUUGCAGCUUCUAGCAAAAUCCAGAGGCCUAGAUUGGAAAGCAAUGGCAAAGCUCCAGGAAGUGCAGGUCAAGCUGAAACUAAGCUUAGAGGAAAUGCUGGCUGUGGUUGAGGAGGUGUUUCACCCUGAGCCUUACAGCAUAGAGGAAAUUGGGAAAAACCUGGGAAUUAGCUCCAAAGAGCUACGCACUCAGAUCCUCAGCCAGAACACACAAGACGGUGAGUGCAUGCCAAAUUGGAGGUGGUGGUGAUGGUCAGCGAAUGUUUCCAUUUAUGUAAAGGAUAAUAGGCAAUAGACGUGGAAAUAUUUUACAUUUUGUAUAACCUCAAGUGGACCUUCUUUUGGAAUCUUUGUAGAGUAAAAGGGUUGAUUGUGUUGUGACCUUUUAAAAAUGAAGUGGAGAAAAUGGAACUGAAAUGUUAUCUGAUUAGUCAAGGCAAUAUACUGAUAAAUGGCUUGGUUAUUAAAAAUACAGGAUUGAAUUAAUUGCAUGCAGCCUUCUAGGUCAGCAGUGGACAACUGGUAGUUUUCAAAUGAACUUUGGCUCCUGAGAAAUCAUCAUUCGGCUUACCACUUACUUGUGUGUCAGAUAGCCUCUUCCUUCCAUGAUAGCUCCGUGGUACAUAAUAAUCUGGACCUUUUAGCUGGAGGAAGAUGUGUGUGUGCUUGUUCUAGAUUGGCUCUCUGGCCUGUGUAGUUGCUGACCACUGCUCCGAGUCACUUGGCCCUAAAACAUUUCCCACCAAAAGAAUAUCAGAGGCAAAUGAAUAGCCUGUUGGGUUUGGACAAAGGAUACCCAGUUUGAAACCCCUCCUCAUCCAUGACACUGAGUAGGUUGGCUUUGGGCAAAGUCCAAAUCUGUUUCAUAGUUGCUUCACGUGUUACAACAUGCCUACAUGCAGAUCUAUCCACAUGCAUGUUUUCCUUGCACACACAUUGGGAAGUCACAUUGGCUGUAACUUAGCAGCACAAUAAAACAAACAAACAAACAUACAUACAUGUGGACAGUUGUCGUAUGUUUCAAGCUACCCACACAUUUCUUACAGAUUUUGUCACUGAUAGGAUUAAGGAAGAUAACUGUGCAACAUAACACCGGUCUUGAAAGACCUACAUUGGCUCCCAGUAUGUUUCCGAGCACAAUUCAAAGUGUUGGUGCUGACCUUGAAAGCCCUUAACGGUCUCGGUCCAGUAUAUCUGAAGGAGUGUCUCCACCCCAAUCAUUCUGCCCGGACACUGAGGUCCAGCACUGAGGGCCUUCUGGAGGUUCCCUCACUGUGAGAAGCCAAGUUACAGGGAACCAGGCAGAGGGCCUUCUCGGUAGUGGUGCCCUCCCUGUGGAACGCCCUCCCACCAGCUGUCAAAGAGAACAACAGAGAACAACAACUACCAGACUUUAAGAAGACAUCUGAAGGCAGCCCUGUUUAGGGAAGCUUUUAAUGUUUGAUGUAUUAAGGUAUUUUAAUAUUUUUUUGGAAGCCACCCAGAGUGGCAGGGGAAGCCCAGCCAGAUGGGCGGGGUAUAAAUAAUAAAUUAAAUAAAUUAAAUUAAAUAAAAACAGGUGAAGCAACACUGAGAUAUGUUCCCAUCCCAAUCUUUUAGGAUGCAGCAGGGACAAACUAAAUCAAUGCAUGCAACUUAUGUUCUUCAACUACUUUAAAGGACAGUGCCAAUGGGGCAAAAAAUUCUGGUUCUGACAUGGGAGAUAUGUGAUCAAAGCAACUUGCAUGCCUCAGAAAACCAAAGGAGGUCGGGGAACGAGACCGGCUUGCUCUGUAAGAUAUUUAACAUGUGUUCUAAAUUCUCUCCUUUGAAAUAAAUAGAGGCUAUUUUGAUUUUGAUCAUUUGGCGGGGGAGGUAACUUUUGAUUUAGGAAGUGAAUUUAAUCUACUCUUAUUUGCUUGGCAUAUCGUCUUAGUAUUUCUGCCUAUUAUUAAAUGAGCCAACCACAUUUUGCUGUGCACAUGGAACAUUUUUAGAAUGUUGGCUGCGUCUAUAUUUAAAGCCUAGAUCUCCCCCCCCUUUCAUGUUAAUAUCUACAGUUUAAUGUGAAUAACCAGUGCACUAGUGCACCAUGCCCCAAAGUUCACACUCCGGCUGCACCAUGCACCGGGGUUUGGCUUAUCACGUUGUCUGAACCUGGGCUUGUGGUUUGUUUUCCCUCCAACCAUGAGUGGCAAACAAGGUUUGUACUUAGCUUACUGCUUGUGGUUUGUGUGGAGGAAACAAAUCACAACAUGAAGUUCAGACAGCAUGGCAAGCCAGACUCUAGUUUGCUUAGUGCAUGGCAGCAGCAGGAGCAAGAGAGGAAUUUCCCAGGAACCUUUGAGCAACGCUCACUCCAUAUUUAUUAUUUCACCAAUAUUACUAUGCAUGGUGCUCUUGGAGUAACAUAAGCAAAGAACAAACAAACCCAGGCCCCUGUUCCCAGAGAGUUUACCAUUUUAAAUGUCAGCAGAGAGGGAAGGAAUAUAAGGGAAGAGCAACAGGUGGCGGCAGAUGCACUUACUGUAGGUACUUGGUUUUGUUUCAGGGUGAGGACUACAGGCUUAGGUGAUUAACUAGGGUGAGAUUUUCCUAGGGAUUUGAAAAUUGUACCACAGGUGUCUUCUGGGGACAUCAAGGAAGACGGGGCAGAGCUGCUUGUAAAGGAACAGGAAAAUUUCCAGGCUGAUUAUCAUGGAUUGAAGUGGGUGCUAGAUUGGGGUGUGUAGCUGUAUUUAUUAAUAUCUCCUCCAACAGAAUACAGUUUAGAUUCAGUUAUUUUCGGCCCCUCUCCCCCCUACUUCCGCUUCUUUGGGCACCUUAUUCUUGUAGGAAAGACUUUUCAGUGUGAAAAGUCCAAGGGAAAUGUUAUCCCAUAUAGCGUUUGCAGAUGUUAGUCGAACAGAAUUGGUCUUAGGAUGUGGCGUGACUCUGAUUCUGUGUGAUAAAGCCAACAAAAAUGGGUCAUAGAGUAAGCCUGUUGUUUUCAUUGGUACAAGACAAAACUUGGUUACAGAUUCUUGUUUAGUUGCAAGGGAGAAAUAGGAAAAUAAAAAUUAGAAUUUAUUGUUUGUAUAACCCUCAGCUUGGUUUUGGAAUGCUGAAGUACACAAAACAAAGAGAUUUCUGUCUUUUCCCAGUGUAUUUAAAUUAUACAUUACUGCAUAUUGUUAUGGGAACUGAAAUAACUGGUCGAAAGGGAACCUUUGUAAAGAUUUCAAAAAAUAUUUUAGUUCAGUUCCUUUUCUGUUUAACGAACUUGUUAAGCAAACUAUAUAUUAUCUUAUUUUCCUUUGUAGAAACAGAAUUAAUAUUUUGUUAAAAAAUUUUCUUUAACGUAGUUAAAUUAUUUGCUGGACUUGCUAACUGGAGGCAACGGUACCUUGUAGUAACAAAAGAUAGUUGAGAUGCCUUGCUCAUGUUUCUGUGUAAUAUUAAAAUUUGCAGUUAGUAAUUUUUAUUAUUGCACCCAUCCUGUAUCCAUGGAACUCAUUAUGGAUAUUAGGGAAGGGCUGGUACCUCUGGUGGAGGGCAUAUUAUGCUCCUUCCAGAAUAAUUUAUCCACCUUUGGUCCUCACCCUACACUCAGCUCCCACCUGUGGCUGCUAGAAGCUGUGAGCAUGCGACAGCGGCCACACCCCAGAAAUGGCUUUGAUUGGCAGGCUAAACCAGGUAAGGCUAGCCAAUGGGUCUCAAACCCUUGGUGAGUUAGGGACUUCCCCUGCAUGCAAAGACAGGCUCCAGCAGAUUGAAGAGACAAGUGGGUCCAACGGUCAAGAAGGCGGCUUCUGCCCAUGCUCUAGAGGGAAGGGAAGGGCAGAAAGAACUUGUCAACCUGGGAAGGUAGCCCAUCUAGGAGAAAGAAAACUCUGGUCCUAAACCCUUGCAGCUUGAGGGAUAUAUCUGGGAGAAGAAAAAGGCUACGGAGCAAACCCUACACAAAUCCAGAGUAGAGUCCCUAUGACAGUUGGAUGGAGCCUUGUAUGCCUCCUUCCGGCAACUCCUGCAGCCAAGAUAGUACCAAACAUAUUGCUCUGCUUUCCUUUGGACCACAUCAGUGAGGCUGAGAGGGGGGUCUUGUUGUCUGGGCAGCCCAGGACCUUCACACAUUGCCCAGGCUUGCACCCUGGGAAGAUCACUUCAGUGCUGCCAACACAGCAGUUCGACUUCACUCCUUGCUGCCAACACAGCAGUUUGACUUGCACAUCCCAUUGUCUUCUGAGACCGACAGAUGCCAACAACAACAACAUUAUACUGUAUCUUGCUCCUACUGCUCCUUUCAGAUUCAAGUUGAAAGCCUAGAUCAGGGGUCGGCAACGUGCGGCCCAUGGGUCGGAUGCGGCCCAUGAAGACUGUUUUCCCGGCCCACAAGCCACCCCUGAACUGAGCCGCCCGCUCGGCGAGUCCCCCGCGCGCUGCACUAAACCGGCGCAGCGCAGUGCAGGGACUCGCCAAGCGGUGCCGGAAAUUGCGCCUGCGCACGUGCAGAUACUGGAAAUCGCGUCUGUGCAUGUCCAGACCCUGAAAAUCACUUCUGUGCAGGUGCGAUUUUUGGCUUCUGGGCUGGCACAGAAGCAAUUUCUGGCACCGCGGACAUGCGCAGAUGCGAUUUCUGGCAUCGCGCUGCGCCAGUCCAGCCCACAGAUGAUCUCCGUGGGAGUGAUCCAGCCCAUGGCCGGUAAACCUUGCUGACCCCUGGCUUAGAUCCUAAUUUAGAACAAGAAUGGGAAUACUUAGUUCCAUUUGAAGGAUCUUACUUCUUGGUUAUUUGCUUACAUGGCUAAGGUACACUUUACCACCACCAUUUGUUCUGUUUUGCUUUGCUCUACUUGUUAUGGGGUGCUUGUUGCUGUUUUGAAAAAUAAAAUACACAUUGUAUGAGUAUGCCCCAUCACAGCAAGGCAUUCUACAGUAAAACAGUGCCUUCGUUUCCCCUAUAAAAUGUGGGAUUUGUUUCCCUCUAAGUAAAGUAUUUUAAAACAGUUUGUUCCCUUUCAUAAGAACAACAAACAAAAAAAACCUUGCAGUCUAAUUUUGAUGUGUAAACCUGGGGGCAGAAUUAUCUUAAGAGUUAAAAGCAUCCAACCAGCUUGUUGUGGUUUUGGCAAAAUCUUUUUCUACAUACAGCUUUACAUCCUGGAAGUAUCGGCCGGCAAAGUAAAUCUCAAAGUACUUUGUACAACUAUGGCAAGUCAAGUUGCUCAGAUUGCAAUCCUUACCUAUUUUCAGCGGUGGUUACUUCUGUGUAGAUAUAUGUAUAGGAUUGCACUGUCAAAGGCCUGUGAUCCAAGAAUAACUUUAUCAGUAUCUCUGCCCAUAAAAGUAUCUCUGGCGAUGGACUUGAAAGGGUUUAGUUUACUUCAUUAUUCAUUUGCUGCUUUGUGCUGAGGCAAAAUGGCUUGCAUUUAAAAAAGGUAAAAAAUUAAAAGAGAAGAAAUGUAAAAGCAAUAGAUGGAUUUCAUACAGUGAUAAACAGCAGUACAGUCUCGGGUUGAAUAUGCUUCAUGUUGAGUGCGUUCGAGUUGCGCUCCGCGGCAACCCGGAAGUAACAGAGUGCGUUACUCCUGGGUUUCGCCGCUCGCGCAUGCGCAGACGCUCAAAAUGACGUCACGUGCAUGCGCAGAAGCGGUGAAAAGCGACGCACGUGCGUGCAGAUGUGCCGUCGCUAGUUACGUUUGCUUCUGGAUGCGAACAGGGCUCCAGAACGGAUCCCGUUCGUAUCCAGAGGUACCACUGUAUGUACAACAUUUAAAAGUCAGCAAUAACAUACCAAAAUAAUCCAGAAACAGUUUAUACAUUAACAGAUAUGGUAACUGGAAUUAGAAAGUUUUUCCCAACUGAGAAAAAGGGUGCCUGGCUAUUAGGGAAUUCCAGUCUUGGGGUCACCAGGGUUACCACAUGUGGAUGGGGACAGAAAGCAGAACUCCAAGGCUGGUCCUAAAGGCUUUGCAGGUUCAUAUGAUAAACAGAGGAUUUUAAAAAAUCAUAUUGUCCUUAGAGAAUGCUUAAGGCUGAUGUAAAUGUUACCUUCAUAGCUUUGGUACAGCAUCUUGUGGGUAGAUGGAAUGAUGGGGUUACUUUCUUUAUUAGGACCAUCAGCACACUGGGCAGAGUGACAAUGUUGGGGCAAGUUCCCAUGUCAUCCUGUCCAUGGCCGUGCUUGACAUUUGUUAGCAACCUUAGAGUUGACUGCAUGAAAACAGCUCUAUUCACAAAAUCAGACUUUGCCUCUGUCCUUAAGGUGUGCUAAGCUGUUUUCUUGAGUAGGGUGCUGAGACGUGAGUGCUACUUCGUUAAAUAAUGAGCACCAACACUUGGAUUCAGAAGGACAGAUUCAUACAUAAAUAGCAACAGCCAGGCUGCAUUGCUUAACCUUAAUCCAGAAGUGGAGAAAGCAGUAGCCGGAGAAAAGAGAUAAAUUGUGCACAGUGACUUCUUGUGCAAUGGUCUCUGAGUCAAUCCCUUUUGGGGUCUAUGUCACCCUUGCUGGUUCUGCUAAUCUCCCAGUUUGUCAGCCGGCUGGCAAAGCUCUCAGUUGGAGGCUUGGACUUCGUAAUCCCAGAGGUUCUUUUUAGUUCUGUGAUCCUGCUUUCUGAAAAAAAGUAAAACCAUUUUCUAAAAGGCAGUUUUAUCCUAUAAAGAAUAAUAAAAGUCUAGUGUUCCAUUUUAAGGAGAUUUCAUAAAGCAAGGUGCUAUUACCUGAGCUUGAAUAAACAUUAUACAGUGGUACCUCGGGUUAAGUACUUAAUUCGUUCCAGAGGUCCGUACUUAACCUGAAACUGUUCUUAACCUGAAGCACCACUUUAGCUAAUGGGGCCUCCUGCUGCCGCCGCGCUGCCGGAGCCCGAUUUCUGUUCUUAUCCUGAAGCAAAGUUCUUAAUCUGAAGCACUAUUUCUGGCUUAGUGGCAUGUGUAACCUGAAGCGUAUGUAACCUGAGGUACCACUGUACUAUUAGAAUGAAGGGCACUUACAACUUCAUAUGACUGUCUGAAAGGAUGCCAUUUUAUUUAUUUGCUUGUUGCUCCGUAAGCUAUAUGUGCUUUAUUUUCAAAAGGUCAGUUGUUUCUGUGUGAUGAAGAGCUGCUGUUUGGAAUGUGUAGGACGUUCUAUGUGAGUCAUCUGGUGGCACAGGGCAGUACAAGGAUAUCUGGAGAGCUUUUGUAUGUAUGUAUGUAUUAAACGGUUUUUUAUUAGGAGUAGCAGGGGCAGUGAAGAAUCAACCAGCAAAGCAACUCCAGGCCCAAAUAUUUUGGACCUAAAAAACUGGUUAUUAUGGAAAACAAAACAAAAAAAGUUCUUAAAACACACUUCUGUUUCUAAACUUAAUAUUGGAUACAUCCAAACCAAAGCCUUUGAUUUUGCUUUGAACUUUGCUUUUUCCAUCUAGGUCAAAUGGAACCCCUUAAUAAUAAUUUUCAGAUUUUGUUCUCCUGAAACCCUUUAGAUAAAAAAAAAGGAUUCAAAUCUGUGGUUUAACCCAUACCUUUCAUGAGUUGUAAAAUAUCUGCUCCCAUUGCUUUUGUGAAUUGUGAAAGUCAAGCUGGAAACAUGACCUAAAAUGGUAAUGAUAGUGGGUAAGGGACCAAUAGUACCGUAUUUUUCGUCCCAUAGGACGCUUCGUCCCAUAGGACGCACCUAAUUUUUUUGGGGGGAAAUAAAGGAAUUCCCCCCCCUUUAUCCCCCCCCCCAAAAACCAGGUCGGGGAACAGCGGGAUGGCAGCGCUGCGCCUCCCCGCUGUCCCCCGAGCUUGUGGGGCUGGCCGAUGUCUGCCCGGCGCGGGGCGCUCUGCUUCAGGCCACCCCGCGCGCCGGGCGGCAGGCUGCUAUCCGCAGCGUGGGGAGCCCCGCGGGAACUCCCGCAGGGCUCCCCAGGCUGCGGGUGUCUGCCCGGCGCGCGGGGCGCUCUGCUUCAGGGCAUCCUGCGCGCCGGGCGGCAGGCUGCUAUCCGCAGCGUGGGGAGCCCCGCGGGAACUCCUGCAGGGCUACCUAGGCUGCGGAUGUCUGCCCGGCGGCGAGGCGCUCUGCUUCAGGGCGCCCCGCGCGCCGGGUGGCAGGCUGCUAUCCGCAGCCUAGGGAGCCCCGCGGGAACUCCCGCGGGCUCCCCAGGCUUGCAGAUAGCUUCCUGAAGCCUGGAGAGCGGGAGGGGUAGGUGUGCACCGACCCCUCUCGCUCUCCAAGCUUCAGUGAAAGCCUGUAUUCGCCCCAUAGGACGCACACAGAUUUCCCCUUCAUUUUUGGAGGGGAAAAAUGCGUCCUAUAGGGCGAAAAAUACGGUAAGUUUCAGGUGAAACACACCUGGUCACAGCUGGCUCAUAAAGGCAGAAAUCAAAUUAAAACCUGGGUUCCGACUCUUUCAAAGGUUCAUUAAGGCCAGUCAUAUGGAUAGCAUUAGUAAGACCCAAAGGUAUAGUAGCAUGUGAAAAAAAUGCUUUCAGUAUGACAAAAUGUUGCAGCUAAAUCUUCCCAUACCCAGCACAGAAACACAUCAGUUGUUUUACUGCCACCAUCCAUCUCCUCCCUAGCCAUCCCUAUUCUUCACUGCUAGUCUCUGACCUUUCCCUGUCCCCUAUCACUUGCUGCUUCUUGCUGACUACAGGUUAUGUUUGUCCCAUGCAGAACUCAAAAGGAGUUGAGUCUGACACAUGGGCAUCAUACAACUGGUGCAUGACAGUAGCACAAUUGCCAUCUCCACACCAGUACAUGUAAAAUCCCCAUGUUUGCUUUGGCAAAAACUACUGUUUUCCAGUGCCAAUGGAAUAAUGGGAAGUGGGGCUUACUUAAUGGAAUAGCUUGCUGGGACACUGUCGUCUGGGUGGAUUAGCGAUGCCUAUCUGGUCCCUCAGGGGAAACAGUGUCUGUUUAUAAAGGGCCUUAUUAGAGCAAAACAAAGACGUCUACCUGCUUAUAUUGCUGUAUUUCCAGGUUAUUAUAGUCUUAAUGUUUUUCCUUUUGGCACGCAUUAGGUCGAAAUUUUCAUAGUAAGCAGUAGCAGCCUCUGGCGUUGUUGAGAGGGGAAACAAGCUUGCUGAUUUCCUUCUCCACAACCAACUUGGUUUUUGUUUUGUUUUUUGUUUUUACCUUUCUUUUUCCUUUCUUCUCCUGUGAUGAGGCUGCAUUUUAAUGUUUCAAUAUUUUAAUGUUGUAUUUAAAUCUUCUUUUUAAGUGGUAUUCAUUCAACUUGUUUUUAUUAUUGCUUGUUAGCCGCCCUGAGCCUGGCCUUGGCUGGGUAUAAAUAAAAAUUAUUAUUAUUAUUAUUAUUUAGUAGAAUGUUCAGGAGCUCCUCUGAAAAUCACGGUUUGUUUCAGGCAUUUAUGACUGGGGGACCCAUAAUCCUGAAAGGAGUGGGAGGGAGGGAAACACCUACAUUUUGUAGCAGCUAAAUCAGCUGAGCUUUUAAUGUUUAAUGGGUUACUGUAUUUUAGUGUUUUGUUGGAAGCCGCCCAGAGUGGCUGGGGAAACCCAGCCAGAUGGGCGGGGUAUAAAUAAUAAAUUAUUAUAGCUUAUUUGCAGUUUGUCUUUGGAGAAUUUGAGCUUCCAGGAUGAGAAGCUAUCUGCUUGACUUUUUGCAGCAUGGACCAGAUGUUGAUUGAUUGUGAAGGGUCUUUUUGUGGCUUACAACACAAGCAGUUUAAGUGCAAUCCACUUAAUGCAUGUGGGAGCUAUUGAAGAGGGCCCCUGACAAGCAUGUGCAGGAAUGUGCUAACCUGUGGCCCUCCAGAUGUUGCUAGAUUACAGCUAACACCAUCCCUGACCAUGCUUGUUGGGGCUGAUGGGAGUUAAGUCUAGUAACAUCUGGAAGGCCACAGGCUAGUCACCCUGAUGUACAACAGGAAUCUGGGUGCCAGCUUUGCUUUCUUUAUGUGACCUUGGGAAACCUGAAGUUCAGCUGCUCAACUGUAAGAUGAGAAGCGUGGCCCCGUAAGCCAAUUGUGGUUGCGAAUUUGGGCCUCUCUAUGGAGGUUUUGUUUCCAUUAGUGUAUCAUAAGAAUAAAAGUACCACCCUCCUGGGUCAAUCCAAAGCUCCAUAUAGUUCAUCAUCCUAUUUCCCAUAGUGGCCAACCGGAUAUUUCUGGGAAGCCCACAAGCAGAGCAGGAAGGCAAUAGUCUCCCCCAUGGUUGACUCUUAGUGUUUUGGUACCCAGUGGUAUACCUCCUCUGAACAUGUCUGUGAGCCAUAUUCCCAUGCAGUGCUGGUGGUGCUUGCUAAGUGAUUCCCAUUCCAUGUAUUGAAAUGGAGGUGUUGGUAGCUUUGCUGUCUCAUUACUUCUUUCUGUUAAUGCCUGUGUUCCAUCAUUCCUCCUUUCAUAGCCCAAUUAAGGAAUCAUAUUGCUCUGAACUGAAAGAUAAAUGGCUCUUUCAUUCAGGUGACUUUUGUCAAAGAGGGACACUGUCAAAUGUUGAAAUAAAAAAUAUAAAUUGCAGGAGAAGGGUUGGAUGGCUGGAGCUUAAUCCAGGACAGUCUUUCAUUACUUGCUCACUAAUAAAAGAGCAUACUACGAAGGGAGCUCACAUCAUUUGAAAAGUGGAUUCAUGAUUAUGAGGAGGGUACAAGGGCUUAGUCUCUUAAGGUUUGCUGCUUGAUCUGACAAUGUCAACCUCUGAUAACUUUAAGGCUGUAUGGGAAAUAGAUUUAGGAAAGCAAAUUGACCCAGCAUGCUAUAUUUUCUUUAGGUUGGCUGAUAAAAACAUUCAGAAUAUUGUCCUCUGUUAUGUACAAAUAUUUAAAGAUUAUUCACAGGUUAGGCUGUUAGAGACCUACUAGCACCUCUGGUGACAAUGCUUAGUAGAAAUAUUUUAGGAGAAUGUCACUGAGGAGAUGAGCCAAGUGUCAAGUCACCAAAGAUCCACAACUAUGCCUUCUAUCACUUUUGGGGGAUGUCUCAAUUUAGACAUUGUUGCCAAAGAAUUGUUCCAACAUAUGGUGGUAGUGGCUAGACUUAUACUGUCCUAACAUUGGAAAAAUGCUAAUGGGCUAAACUUGAGAAGCUGGUAUAAGAAGUUAUGGUAUUUAGUGACAAUGUAGACACUAACACACUACUUUCAAGUAUUAAGGGAGCAAACACAAAUUGAAUCCUUUCACACAGCUUUGGAAGAUUUUGUUUAGUUUGUGAACCAGAUAAACACAGAGAUGCAAUUAUCAUCACAACAAUAUGUCGUAAUUUGGAACAGUUUGUAAAACCUAAUCCAGAAUGAAUCCGAUUCCAGCCUGUUGUUGGGAAUGUACACUGAAAGAAGACGAACACUGAUACUCCAUCCUGUUUUGGCAUUGAUGUUUGUAUAAUCUGCUUGUCUAAGGGAAAGCAGAAAUGGUUAUUGGAUCUUUUUUGUUACUUGUGGAGUUUGUAUAUACUAUAUAAAUCACAAUAAAUUUAAAAAUAAAAUGGGAGACGUGAUGUUAAAACUCUUUAACUAUGUAGGUUAGGUGGGGGGAACUAGCCCAAAUUAUAGUCCUUUCUACUUCUCUGUCUUGCUGGUCGGUGGAGGUGACAGAUGUGCACCUCUGCAUCUUACAGAUGCUGCAUGGUAGAACUUUAAGUGGCUGCAUGACUCCUCGUUACUAGAAUCCAUCAUGUGUUAGCACUUGUGGCUUUCUCCAAGAAUUGGGCUACUCUACCAGCUAAAUACAAUAAAAGUGAGGUAAAGGGACCCCUGACCGUUAGGUCCAGUCGCGGACGACUCUGGGGUUGCGGUGCUCAUCUCGCUUUAUUGGCUGAGGGAGCCACCGUUUGUCCGCUUCUGCAGACAGUUUUUCUGGGUCAUGUGGCCAGCAUGACUAAGCCGCUUCUGGCGAAUCAGAGCAGCGCAUGGAAAUGCUGUUUACCUUCCCGCCGAAGCGGUACCUAUUUAUCUACUUGCACUUGACAUGCUUUCAAACUGCUAGGUGGGCAGGAGCAGGGACUGCGCAACGGGAGCUCACCCCAUCACGGGGAUUCGAACCGCCAACCUUCUGAUUGGCAAGCCCUAGGCUCUGUGGUUUAGACCACAGCGCCACCCACGUCCCACACACAAUAGAGCCCCUUAAUUAAAUACUAUCAUUCCUCAACUCACAUUUGCUUGGCAAACAGUCACACUAAUAAGACAGUCUAAGGAAACAACAAUGCAACCCCGGUUUCUGUCAUUUUGGAUGUAAUAAUUGCUUUGAAAGGAUUACACUAGAUUAGAGGCAAAACCAAAUGUGGAGAGGUUAUAGAGCCUUCUCUUACAUGACAGAAUGUUGUUGAGAACAUGCCUUUCCAGCGUCUGGCUGGCAGGAAGAAGUAAAAAGAUGAUUCCCAUGGCCAGUACGUAACGUGACGAGCUUGAGAGAACCGCGAAGUGCUUUAAGGUAAUCUGGCCAGUGAAGCGUUGCUUUACCGAAGGGUGGUCUCUGAAUCAAUCACAGCCUUUGGCAAGAUGUUGGCCUCCAAAUUGAAACCAGACAUGUUUUCAGUUCAUUCUCUGGGUUACUACUGUUCAAUGGUGAUUUACAAGAGAGUGUGAGCAAUGGCAGACUCUCACGCAACUUUCAGAUAUGCCCUAAACAAAUGCACAUUUUUAAAACUGCCCCGCUGUAAAAUAAUGCCUUCAAAAGGAAAUAGUCUGGAAAGAGAAUUUGUCCAGAGAGGAAUGCUCUGUUUUCAACACACACCUCUGUAAACCACCCAGCAGUGAUACUGUGCAUUGCAUGGUGCGAAAGUAGCAGAGACCAAUUCAUAAACACAGGGACAAAAUGUACUCCUGAAUGGAUUUGGUAAAUUGGGAAUUGGGAAAACUCCUUCCAUUGUUCAGUGACCCAUCCCAGGGGGGUCAUUUCCAUUGGGGUACAUAGCUUUUUCCAAUUUUGAUGGGUUUUAAUCUUAUUCCAAAACAAUGAUGUAUUUAGGCAACUCUUCCAUUGGGUCCAUUCUUAUUAACAGCAGUUAUGUUUCAUAUCGGGCCAAAUAAUCCUGGCACCUCUGAAGAUGUUGUUUUCUUCAUUCAUCACUGUAAUUCCCCCUCUGCUUCCCAUGUCCUUGAGGAGAGACAGGAAACCAAUGUCUCUCAAAUCUAAACCAGCUAAAGUGGACAUUUUACGGUGGCAACGCAUGUUGUGAAUGAUGUGCUAUGAAGUGCAUUUGAGUACCAUCUUUUAUUCAGCUUUUCCUACAAGAAAAAUCUACUGGCGUUUUAUAUCACUCCCAGAAUUCAACAUGACCAAAGAUCCAAGAACCCAAUAGAGAAAAGAUGUUGGCUGAUCUCCACCUGGCACCCAGAUUGGGACCCUGGUGGAUGCAAUUAAGGCCUUAGCCCUUUGGAGUAUUUCUGCAUGAAAGGGCCAUUCAGUUUUAAUGUGAAAAUAUUUGUAUCCCUUGAACUCAUAUAUACAUAUAUGUUACUUUUGCAGCUGCAUGUGUCAACCACUUCCACUGCAAUUUAUUGCCAUGUCGUUUUGAAUCUUGAAGAUGCCUCAGAUGCCUGUGGUCAGGCAAAAAGACAGGAUAUAAAUGUUAUAAAUAAAUAAAUAAACAAUGGUUAAGAGAGAGAGAGAGAUAAAUGUAAACUAGGUGAUUGGUAGUUCAACCCUAUGCAUGUUUGCUCAGAAAUCAGGCAAGUUUUGUUCAGAAGGGCUUUAUUGCUUCUUAAGUAAGUUUGGGAAUGUAGCCUGAGUUGAAAGGACUGGUGAAGAGAUGUACAAAAUAAACUUCAACAAAAAUGUUAGUAAAGGUGAUAGAGGAAGGGAUAGGACAACGCUUGAGAUAAAGAACAGUGAAAUACGCUUUCUCAACAACCAUUAGUAUCAUUAUGGCAAGGUUAGCACUUGAUAAGGCUGGUAAUACUUUUGAGGUUAUAUAUUCCAUGCUGGAAGAACGCUACUCACUUGGGGGCUGGCACAAGGCUAGGCAUUGACAGUACAAACUACACACCGUAUUUGCUGGUCUGGGUUAUAUGAAAUUUACUGGUGGAGAGAAUCUUAUACAGUGGUACCUCACGUUAAGUACUUAAUUCGUUCCGGAGGUCCGUUCUUAACCUAAAAGCACCUGUUCUUAACCUGAAGCACCACUUUAGCUAGUGGGGCCUCCUGCUGCCGCUGUGCCGCUGGAGCCUGAUUUCUGUUCUUAUCCUGAAGCAAAGAUCUUAACCUGAAGCACUAUUUCUGGCUUAGUGGAGUGUGUGACCUGAAGCAUAUGUAACCUGAAACGUAUGUAACCCGAGGUACCACUGUAAAGGUCUUUCAUUCACCUGUGUCAGGUCCUACACAGAUAACAGUGCCACCCUGUUGUCAGGGCCAACACUGGUUACAGAUGAUGCUGAAGUUGGUUAGUAGUUCCCAGUUCCUUAGUUGUAUGAAAGUUCCAAACACAGCUCAAUCAGAAAACUUCAGAAAAGUAUUUAUUUGUUGCCACCUGAGAACCAGUGUUAGACUAUGACCUGGGAGAUCAGGCUUUGAAUCCCCACUCAGCCAUGAAACUCAUUGGGGAACCUUAGACCAGUCACCAUCUCUUAGCCUAACCUACCUCAUAGGAUUGUUGUGAGAAUGAAAUGGGAAGGAGGAGAGCAAUGUACACCACCUUCAGCAACUUGGAAGAAAAUAAAGUGGUAUAUAAAUGUAAUAAAUGAACAAAUGCUGAAUUUAUGAGCAAACACAACAGGAGAAACAUAUUGUGGAUUCCAAAGGAGACAACCUCCUAGUCAUGGCAUUUCAGUUGCCAGCAGGUAUAGGAGGUACACAUUUAUUGGGUUCCAUACCAACAGGGGCUCCAGACUCUUGUCUUUCUUUCUUUUUUUUUUUAAAAGAAAGUCAAUUAGACAUUUCUGAAGGAAGUUAAGAAGACCACAAACCAUGGAGGUAGCUCUAAUGCUUUGACACUCGUCAAGCAGCGCCAUUGCUCAGGAUGCUUAACCAGGGGAAGGAGUGUUGUCUAUUCCUACUUGGAGUGGGGCAGCAAGAAAAGCUGAAUGGAGGAAGCUACUGGGGUAUGUUUGUUAAAGCACUUUCCUCCUGACCACAUUAUUUCAACCCCCAACUUUGCUGCCUUUACAGAAUACAGCACAGCUGACUGGCAUGGUAUGUUUUAUGUUGUGAUAACUGCAGUCCCCUAUCCCUCUGCAUACCAUCUUCCUUGCUGUGGAUCAGAGCUUGCAGUUUUUAUACCAAUACUGACAUGACUGAAAGAAAGGAGAAACAAAAUAGAUAGGAAAAUGUUGGAUCACCUUUCUUACCAGUUUUCUCUGGAAGCCACAUGACCACAUCUGAUAGCAAUAAAUCAUACAUCUUUCCAUUUGUUCCUGCACUGAAUAUUUUUUCUUGCUUUUUAAAUUUAGUGACCACCUUUAAAUUAUACCAACGUGCUAAGCAUGUGUACAGCGAAGCUGCCAGAGUCCUGGAGUUUAAGAAGAUUUGUACAGAGGCACCUGAAGAUGCAGUCCAGUUAUUGGGGGAUUUAAUGAACCAGAGCCAUGCCAGCUGCAAGGACUUAUAUGAGUGCAGCUGUCCUGAACUGAAUCAGCUGGUGGACAUCUGUCUGUAAGUUGCAAAAGCCAUGGAAAGUGAACUUUCUUUUGAGCAUGUGGGCUGGAUUGCAGUGAAUGUGCACCAUAACAUUAAGCUGUUUUUUAAAACUGUUACCGGUGCUCUAGGACAAGGGUGGGGAACCCAUGACUUGCCAAACAUUGCUGAGCUACAUGACCCAUCAUCUUUGACUAUGCUGCUGACUAUGACUGAUGGGAGUUGGAGUUCAACGUCUGGAGGGCUGCUGGUUUACCAGCUCUGCCCUAGGGCUUUGGUGCAGCAAUAAAACUGCAAGCACAUUUGCAAAGCUAAGCAGGAUCCAGUAUGGUUUCAAAUUGGAUGGGGAGCCACAUGUCAGAGUUCACAGAAAGCAGCAAAUAAGGGACACUUGCCUCUACUUUUUUAGAUAUUUGGGGUCUAAAGCACAACUUAAAUCUGGACCAGAAUGUCAGGGUUUCAGAGCGGAGUCUUUUCCAGCCCUGCCUGGAUAUACUGGCGACCUUUUGCAUGCAUAGCAUGUGUUCUACCACUGAGCAGUGGCUGUUCCCCAAAUACAAGAGAAACAUACUUGUAUUUACAGCUCCUGACUUUCCCAACCUAGGAAAAAAGUUUGUUUACUUGUUUAUUUUUGCUCCUUCCCUUUAUUGUCUCAAGCAAGAUCAAAACUUUUUCACAUUAGGUGCUACACAAAUUCAUAGUAGGACAAAGCUCCUUCACUGUGGAUCAUCCAGUAGCAACCCACCAGAGAGGUUUUUAAAUAGCAUUUGCUGAAACCAAAACUAGCUCUCGCAAACAAUCAGCUGCUCUUUCCAUGAUAGAAGAGAAGUGGUUGGUACAUUUUGUUAAUAUAAGAGAAUACAAUGAGUUUUAUGGCAUCUGCUGCCCAGCUUCAUCCAACACUUUACUACAUUUUUCAUGUGUAACUGUGUACAGCUAGUUGGUAAUAGUUUGAUCUAAUAUGCCUAGGCUGUCUUGGGCCAGUCUGAAACUCAGCACUCUAGAAAGAAUCUAAACUAUUUCAUUAUGGCCAUAUUGUAUGGUUGUCAUGCCACAAGUGUUUGGCAGAAAGUGCUGGUGGUUUGGUGCACUAAGUAGCUAAGUGAAGGUUAUUAUCCUUCUUAGGCUAUGCUAUAAGAGUGUGAGGCCCUGGGGGGUUCCUGACUUGAAGUGCUGGCAAAGUUUGUGGAAGAGACAUUAUUUCUGUAUCCUCAAAGAGUGCAGGGACACUUGAUACAGUAAGGUAGAGCCUAGAGUAUCUCCGUUUCAGAUACAGUGAUUGCUUUCAAACCAGCUCACCAUACAGAUUAUUCUACAGUUCCCUGCUCUAGGCUGAUUUUGUGGUAGUGAUGCUAAUGGAAUGCUACAAGGAUUGCAGCCUAGGCAUUAAAGCCGCAACCUAGCACAUUUAUAGAACCAUAUUGUUAGAGUGGACCAAACAUCAGUGAGACUCAGAUAUUCACUCAAGAGCCAGUGUGGUGUAGUGGUUAAGAGCGGUAGUCUCGUAAUCUGGGGAACCGGGUUCGCGUCUCCGCUCCUCCACAUGCAGCUGCUGGGUGACCUUGGGCCAGUGACACUUCUUUGAAGUCUCUCAGCCCCACUCACCUCACAGAGUGUUUGUUGUGGGGGAGGAAGGGAAAGGAGAAUGUUAGCCGCUUUGAGACUCCUUAAAGGACUUCCGGGUCAGCACCAUCGGCAAUGGCGGAGUUCCUCUGACCGAGAGGAACCCGCUCCGUGAAAAUCAGGUCUUGCCGCCGCGGCGAAGGCGGAGACCCUUCAGAAAUCCCAGGCGGAGGAAGCCUGGGAACGUGGGAUUCGGCUGACACCAGGAGCGCCUCCCCUACUCGCAGGGAAACCCUUUUUCGGGGAUCCGAAGCGACGUGGGGUGAGUGGCGCGGUGUUUUGAAUCAACCGCUACUUUUACGGAGUGAAGCCACACAGCCGUUGCCGGAGAGCGCUGACUUUUUCCUGUGGACAAUUGGACUCUAAACAAGUACCCGUGAGUAGAACGGAAAAUUGGAUUAAGAAACAUUUUAAUUUGGCACUGAAGCGGGAAGGUUCUAAACAGGAAGUCCGCCUUCCGCUUUUGUAAAUAGACUGAAGCAAAAACUUUGCAAGCUAAAGUCUGGAAAGUCGUAUAUAAAGGUCUAAAUUUCCUUCAGUUAUAACCACCAAAACCCCUCUUGGAAGCAGGAGAAAAGGGGGGGAAUUUUUGAUUGUUCAAGCCUGCAGGAGAGAGAGUAAAGAAAGAUAAAUUUCCACCGUCUCAAACCUGGGAACGGGGUGUCAGAGACAGAAAUUUAUGGGGAAGUUCAUUGACUGUGAAUGGAACGUCUUUUGACAGAUAGUUAAAAAAGAGAAACAAAUUGAUUCCAAUGUUGCCUUUUGCAUUCAAAAGAAACAAAAUAUUUGAAAAAUGAAAGUAAUUUUCUUUUGUUGGACCUGCCUUCAAAAGAUGGAUACAAAUAGAAAUUGUCUCCUCUAGAGGGAGCUUGUUAAAUUGUUGCUAGAGUCGAUCUGGGGAUUUCACAGCUGUGGAGAUUAGGAUCGUGGGACCAGACUCUGACCUUGAAUAAAAAUGUGUUUAGAGGAAGUUUUGGUGCUUGCUUUUUGCAAGACAAGCGCUUUGUUGGAGCAGAUGCAUGAAAAGAUGGAUUUGAUGACUGUUGCAGUCAGAAACUUUGGACAAACGGCGAAUACCCAUAUAGAAACCAGGAACCAACCCAGGAACCUGUUUUGACAGGGCAAGUGCAAGUGCAGAAGAUAAUGGAGGAGGCUGCUGUUGAACCUCAAGUAACACAAAUGGAGAGACCCGAGGCCUUGCAGGAGCAUAAGCCGCUGUUCUUGAAGUUUGAAUCUGGAGUGGACCAGGGGGGGUCUGGAGUUGUGAGGGCUCUUAAUUUUGGAGGGACUUUGAAACAUGCUCUUAAAUACUUUCUGGACUACAGUGUUGACUGUGGGGAAUGGGACUGUGGGGAAUGGGCUGAUCUGCUGAGGGGAGAUGGAGAUAUUUUUGGAUUGGAGUCCUCCCGAGACCUACUCCCCAAUGAGAAAGGAAAGAAAUUAAGAAAAAGAUCAACAAAAGACAAGGUAAAGUGCAGGUAUAAACAAGAAGAAGAUCUGCAGAAGGGACAUGGAAAAGACUUAAGAGCCUCGGACAUAAGAUCACCAGGUUGAUGGACUAGAUGGAAUGGACAAGAAGGACUGACAAAACCCGAGACCAGGAAGAAGAGACGUUUGAAGAAGAUUGGAAGAAAGUUUUUAAAUUUUAUUUUGAGAAUUAGUGUAAAAUUAACGAGUAUUAGGAAAAAUGUUGGAAUGAAACUAUUUGGCUUUAGUAGAAAUGAUAUAAGGAGUUAUGUACAAAUAAGUAUUAAGUUUUAAGGUUUUUUAUGGUAAGAUAAGGUUAAAAUAAAUUAAGGUAAAUUGAAUGACAGAAUAUAGUGAAAGAUGGAAAGGAUUUGCUGAGUUAAUUAAUAGGUUAGACCGUUAAGAUAAAUUAUACAACAAAAAUUGAGAAAGAUGGAAAGAAUUUGCUGAAACAAUUAAUUAAACUAGAAUACAAAAAGGGAGGUGUGAGGAGGUCGAUGAAAUAAGUAAAUGAAAGAUAAAGAUAUGGAACAUUGGAUGUGUGUUUUAAUGUUAUUGGUUUGUUUUUUUUGCUGUAUUGUAUUGUUUUUUAUGUUUUUCUUUUUAUGUAUUGUAAUGUAUGUUUGGUUAAUUUUUUUGUUGUUUUCUUUUCUUCUCUUUUUUCUGUAAUUUUUAAACUUCUAAUAAAUAUCAUUUAAAAAAAGAAAAAAGAAAGGCGGGAUAUCAAAUCCAAAUUCUUCUUCUUCUUCUUCUUUAUCAUAGCUGUGUACUCGACUGCAGUCUGUGUGUUUUUAAAGUGCAGAUGGUUCCCAGAAGUGAGUUUCACUGAAAGUCUUCAGUUGGCAAUCUGUGGCUUGUUUCUUUGCAUUUAAUAAUAUAAAACCUGACAUUGAGCUGAGCAGAUAUAUUUCUAUAGUCAUACUUAUAGCAGUGGCCUGCAGUGUCCUUAAGGAUUGUCUCUUAAGGGAAAUAUUUGCCGAAGUGUUUGUCAGUCAACUGUGUCCUCAAGUGAGAUUCAGAGAGCACCUUUUUCUGCGUAUUUAUUAUAUGUGUCUCUCCAGCAACACCCAUUCUCUGUCUCCUUUGCCAUGUUUAUAAGCAGGCUGUUAUGCAAGAGAAUAUAGCUAUGUGAUUUACUGGGUCAGUAAUAAAACAUACCAAAGGGAAAAGCUCCAUGGUCUAAAGCAGAUGCUGUAUUACUAUAUAAAAUAAAAUUGGACCAAAUGGCUAUGAAGUGAUCUCUCAAUUUGGCCCGUGGCCACUUUUAGCGCAUGUGAGAUAUUUCAAAAGUGGUGAUUUGCCAAGUCUUGGAAUAUCAAUAGCCUAGAUUAUUGAGAUAAAAAGUUUUCCAACAUUUGGCAAUUGUGGCCUGUCUCACUGUCAAAAGAUGCAAAAUCAUUUCCUUCUUAUUCAGGUCUUGAUCCAAAUCUACAAACAAAUUCAAAAGAGCCAGACAAAGGAUGAAUUGUUUGUCCAGUUAUCAGUGAGAUCUCAGAAAAUAAUUUUGUCUAGAACUGUUUUACCUUGGGGCAGCCCAACCACUUAUGCAGGUAGGUCCCAAUAAUCUGGUGAAAUCUCUACCUUCCUUUAAAUCCCAGAUUUAAGACCUACUCCUUCCUCAUCCUUUUAGAAUCUCCUUACCCCCUAAACCAGGCUUCCUCAAAGUCGGCCCUCCAGAUGUUUUGAGACUACAAUUCCCAUCAUCCCUGACCACUGGUCCUGCUAGCUAGGGAUCAUGGGAGUUGUAGGCCAAAAACAUCUGGAGGGCCAAGUUUGAGGAAGCCUGAUCUAAACUGAGGGCACCAUAGGGUGCUACAUGGCUGCCACUGUCUCUCAUAUCAGUUAGUGCUGAGAGUAACCACAGGGAUGUUUUAAGCUUGAGAAACCUCAAGUUAUAGAAAGCAAUUAUGUAUGUAUCUAAGCUGUCUUUGUUAUAGUCAUAGGACAGGGGUGGCCAAUCUGUGGUCCUCUAGAUGUUUUUGGAAUCCCAACUUCAGUCACCUGCAGUCAGCAGUCAGAGAUGAUGGAAGUUGUAGUUCAACAUCUGGAGGACCACAGGUUAGCUACCACUGCUCUACAGAGAGAAUCAGUUCAGGCCUUGUGCCAAAGCAUGGUUAAGGAAACCUAACUAUGGUUUGGCAUAUUGUUUGAACUGACAAAUGUUUUACAACCAGUCAGGAAACUUCAACCAGAAAUGGAUAUUUGAGGUGAAUUUGUAAAUCAUGGCUUGUGUCGCCUAUGGUUUAUGUUAUGUCUGGAUUGCAGCUGUUAAAGCUGCUUGUGGAAGCUGAGGAACUAUAGCAAUAGGUUUGCUGAGCAGAUAAAAAAUGAGAGCCGGAAGAUGGUCGAAAUCAAUGUUUCCAUGUACAUUUGGUAGCUCAAACUGUGGUAUGGUAAGUGUGAAUAAUAGUUUGGUGUGGUGUCUGAAUUGAAAUGGGAUUCUUGCUCUGUGACAAACCUGGAAGCUGAAUAAAAAUGAAGAAUGGCCACAACCAUAUAAAUCCCCUGCUUUAUAAGAUACACAUUAAGCAACACAGAAACUGAUAGAGACGAGUAAGUGCCAAUAUGAACUGUGUGGUUAUUAAGAUUUCACUGAAGCAAGAGUGCUAUCAAUUUUGGCAGCAAUAAUUAAACUGGUCUAGGAGAUUUAUGACAGGAAAUGAAUUGCAUGCAACUAAGAACACGUUGGUUCAUUUGGCUCUUAUCUCAUUCAGAAGAUAUUUUAUUUAAGUAAUUAUUGUAUUUCAUCCUGGAUUGUUCCACUGAUGACCGAUAUUUUCCCCCUGGCCUUUUAUUGCCUGUCAUUGAUUUAAAAAGCUGACUAACAAAAACAUUUGCUUGAUAUGGUUAUGGUAAUGGGUAGCAACUGCAUACAUUAAAUGGCUUUUAUACACAAUCAUAGCCAGCUGCUAUGCAUAGGUUUAAAAAUCCUUUCUAAAACCAUGUGCCACAGCUUUGCUUGUGUCUAUCAGAUUUGCAUCUCUUACAAGGUUUUGAACUGUGAAGCAAAAUCGGCAUAUACAGAUGUUUUUGGGUUUGCCAGCAUAUUUGGGUUUUCCUAAAGAGUUCCUGCCAUAUUUUUUUUUUAGAAAGGUUCAUAAUGGUGAGGGUUUGGAGUGCCAAAAUGCUUAGCCACUAAUUGGUCAGCGCUACAUUUUUAAAAAAUCCACAGAAUAGAUUUGAGUUUCAUGUUAGAUGGUUGAAACCUUUUGUCAUUUUGCCCAUUACUUGGAAAAAAGUUGGAGGAGUUAUUAAUAAAGGAAGACUUCUUGGAAAUACUACCUUAAAAGAAAUUUUUCUUCUGAGCUCAACAGCACUGCUCUAAGUCAAGAGGAAUUACUUCAAAUUACUUCAAAUUGCUAGAUGGAGGAGACAAAACAGCUCAGUCUCUGGCACUGAGAAGGGGAACUCUCCUGUGAACUUUUACUCUGGUUGGCCAGCCACCUUUGUGGCCUGGUUCAGCCUGGGACUAAUGCAUGAGUUUCACUUUAACCCAACUCUGAAGUCCCAUCAUCAUUUUCCCUGGUCAAGAAUGAAGAUGGGAAUGGGUUAACAACACCAAGCCUUUGCUCCAAAUCACCUUGCUAAUCACCAGCUGCAAACUGCAAUAACACACCUCCCCAAGUUCUGGGGUUCUUUAUAUAAUAAUGCAACUAUUAUUCGAACAAGCGCCAUUCCCCUUUUGGAAUAUCAAUUUACCAUGCUUCACAAAGGCAAGCAGAAACCUUGACUGGGCCAAUCUCAGCAUUGUUUUAGAUAGCAAAUACAUAGUAUGCAUUUUUAACAACAACAACAACCCCUAAUGCUGAGUGAUUAAAGUGUUUGGAUAUUCUCUGAAUGACACAACAUUCCCUUUUCCUGCCUGUUGCUAUAAAUGGAAGGAGCAGGUGAAUCUUGAAAAGCGUGAGGUGCCUCAUCCUGAUGAGCAGAACUGUUCGGCAUCUGCGCUUUACCAGAUUUGGAAAUUUAUAUUAUGAAUACUAACUGGGCAUAAACUAAAGGAUCUUUGCUGACGAAUGCUGGUAAACAAAAUGACAUCUUUCUUCUGCUUCCCCCUCAGUGCUUACUUAUAUAAAUGCUCUAAAACACUACAAAGGAUGGAUGUAUUUGAAAAUGAUAAAUAAAUUAAUCCAAAAACUGGGCAGAAAAAUAAUGCCUGAAAAAAGUGAUUGCGAAUAACUUUGCCUUCUAUGCAGACAGGAACUUUUAAGCAUCUGGUUGGCAACAAAGCUUUAACGGGGGUAAUAGGUUUAAUUUAAUAAAGGCCUGUUGGCUGCCCUCACUGUCUUUGAUACACCUUUCCUCAGCAACCAGAGGCCUUCCGGUGCAAUAUAAGUCAUCUGUUCUCCAAGACAUAGGCAAAGAAGAAUGAGCAAAUGUGGUUCAUUCGUGACCUCUCUUAAUAUUCACGCUGGAGAGGUUAAAGAACCCCCUGCCUGUGCAUUAGCUUGCCUGGCUGAAGCAGGCAUAACAAGCGAUUAGGUUGUGGUGGGGACCAGAUGGGAAGCCUUUCAGGACUGAAUUAAGCACCCCACCACCCUGUUCACAGUUGCCUCUUCCUAUUCUAAGCUUCUAAAAAUGAGAUGAAUUCCAAGGCACUUAAGCACACUGUGUUCAAGUGGUCAUGUUGCAUGCGACACACACUCUCAGUUUGACUUACGGCUUCGAAAAUCUGUUUACUUGCUUUUUGUUCUUCUAGGCAAUUUGGAGCCAUUGGGUCGCGCCUGACGGGAGCAGGAUGGGGUGGCUGCACUGUGUCAAUGGUUCCUGUGGAGAAGCUGGAGAGUUUCCUAGCACAUGUGAAAGAGGCUUACUAUAAAAACAAUAACCAGAGGUUAGCGCUGGGAGGAAACAGCCUAUUUGCUACCAACCCUGGUGGUGGAGCGACAAUUUUUCUGGAGUCCUAAAGGAUGUCAAUUUUUUUAAAGGAAUAAUCUGGGGCACUGUGAAGUUGGCAGAACUUCCUACGCUACAGUAAACAAAUCAUUUGUUUUUAUUAUAAUGAGUAAUGUCCAUUAGAAUGCAUUUUGAAAAAUAAUUGUAAUAAAAUUAAGAGUUCUAUUAAU